GGGGAGAGGGAAAUAGAGAGAGGAAGAGAGAAGAGAGAGAGAGGAAGAUGAGAGGGGGAGUUUUGGAGCAACAGGGAAAGAUUGAGCUAUAAGAGAGAGCCAGGAGUGACAGAAGGAAGAAGUGUGAGAGAAGAAAUAGAUAAAUCUAGAGGCAUGGGAGAAGGAGAGAUACAAUAAUGGGAUAAAGUGGGGUGGGGGAAAUAGACAAGAAAAGAUGAGAAGAAGAGUAGGAGAGGGUGAGAGGGAAAAGUAAAGGAGGAGAGAGUGAGAAAGAGAAAAAGAGAGCGAGGCUAGAGAGUGAGAGAGAAAGGGAAAGGAGAGUGAGUGAGUGAGUGAGUGAGUGAGUAAAUGAGACAGACAUAAACAGAGAAUGUGAGAGAGAAUCAGACAGUGCUCUGGGAGACACACUGUAAAUGUGAGAGAGAGAUAUAAAAAAAAGAAAGAAGGGGAGAGGCAGAGAGAGAGAGAUGCACAGGAGUGAGGGAGACAGAAUAAGGGCAGCAGAGGAUGCAGUGUGGGGAAUGUAUCACUAUGUAACUCAUUGUGAGAAGAUCUGAGUUCUAUACUCACCAUUUCAGAGAUAUCUGCACUCUGGGCACAGUGGGCAAUGCUCUGGGUGUCUGUGAAGAGCAGGGUGGGCUCCCAGGGAUCCAGGAGGACCCCCCUUUGAGUAUACUGUCUGCACAGGAACAGGCUUAGCAUCAACAGGAGCCCGGCAGCCCGGAGAGAGACAGGCUCCUCAUGAAGCUCUUACCUGAGUGUGACAUUCAACUUGAAAGUCUGACGUUAAAUGGAUGGAUGUCAGAUGUAAGACGUGGAGAUGAGCUCAGAUCACUUGCACCACUUUCAACUCAAACCCUAGGGGAGGUGCAGUAGAUUUUUUUGUGACGCUAUUUCAGCCCCUGGUAGGAAUGCAGGAGGUAAGUGCUCAAUUACACCACAACCAGCACUUUGUUCCUUCCUCUGACACUUGGGAUUGCUGAUUUGCUCUUUUGAUUAUAAAGUCUGAUAUAAUUUUGGCUUCAUGAACAUGAUGAGCAAACUCAUUUAGCAACAAUCUGAGCUAUGGCACCUUCAAAUGAUCGAUCUUAAGAAAUCAUGUUUUCUUUCUUGUAGCUGGUCUUCCCUAUAGUAUUGGCCUAUUUAAUGAUAAUGGCUGUGUUAUAUAAGCAUGAUAAGUUACCAUUAAUAUACAUUUUUCUUGGACUGAGGAGAUAGAAUAUUGUCUGGAGCUGUCCACUCAGGACCACCAAUCAGACCUCUGUGAGGAGAAAGUCCUGGGGAGCUGUCCCUUCAGGACCACCAAGCAGACCACUGUGAGGAGUAGUUCAUGGGGAGCUGUCCCUUCAGGACCACCAAGCAGACCACUGUGAGGAGAAGUUACUGGGGAGCUGUCCUUUAAGGACCACCAAGCAGACCACUGUGAGUAGGAGAAAGUCAUAGGGAGCUGUCCAUUCAGGACCACCAAACAGACCAGUGUGAGUAGGAGAAAGUCCUGGGAAGCUGUCCAUUCAGUACCACCAAAAAGAUCACUGUGAGGAGGAGUAAGUCCUGGGAGCUGUCUCUUCAGCACUACCAUUUGGUACUUUGUAGACACACAGAAAAGGGCCACCUGCUGACUCUCAGCAUCUCAAUACUUCUCAUUCACAUCCAAGGAACAAGCAUCAGGUUCACCUUAUGAGGUUUCCCAGGAUAUUGUGGGUUCUGGCUACGUGACGGCAGUCAAGGAAGACUUGUGAAGGACUCAUUUAACCUUAAAAGUGAAUUGUGUACAAGGCAGCUCCAGGAGGAUUUGGGGUGAUUGGCAGAAGGAGAUAGAGACUUGACAAAAGGUGACACAUAGAACCGUGAAGAAGAAUUGGGGUCAAACCUAUCCCUUAAAUGAGAUGACCAGGCAAUAUGUAUUAAUGUCUCUCAAGUAAUCUGUGAGUUUCUUCCUAGUGUUUUACUGAACAACUUCAUUAUUAAUAUUCUGAAAACAAAACCAAUAUAAACAGCAACUUUUUACUGGGAAUAUGAAAUGUUUGAGGUGUUGACGGUUUUAGUCACAAGGUGCGACCCUCCAGGAGGGAAAGACAAGAACCAACACAUGUUCCUCUCUAGCUGGGAUCCUAAAUAUCAUGAUUAAGCAUGAGGAUGUGUGACAGAGGUGUCCAGAUGUUAAUUACCACUGUGGGUGCCUUUGCAGCGUUUAGCCUGAUGACCAUAGCUGUGGGCACAGAUUACUGGCUAUACUCCAGAGGUGUCUGCAAGGCUAAGUCCACUAAUGACAAUGAAACCAGUAAGAAGAACGAAGAGGUGAUGACCCACUCAGGGCUUUGGAGAACCUGCUGCCUUGAAGGUAAGUCACCUUCAGAUGCAUGAGCUUUUGGAGUUAACCUCACAGCUUGAUGUAUAUUUGGCUUCAAUAUAUUUUGGGAAUAAGCAAGGCAUGUUUUUUUUAGGCAGAUGCAAGGUACCCAUCAUCUUCUCCAGGUUACCAAAGUGUGCUAGACACCAUGUCACUUGUGGCUGUAAUUUGGAACCUCUUCAUAUCUAAAUAAAAUGCAAUGGACCUCUGGACGUAGGUUAAACAUCAGGGUUUCUUUAAAUACACUUCAUUUAACCCUUUAUAAUAUUGAAGUGUUCAUUUUAAAUACUGCAAAAAAUCUAUUUGUUUUAUCUCUUUAUUAUUUUAAGGGACUUGCAAACAUCUGCAAUACAAUACAAUCAGAAAAUAUACAAUAUGAAUUCAAAUUGAUAUCAUACCAUCAUUAGGACAUAGUGAUAUAAAAGUCAAGUAUUAACCCUUCCACCGCUGGGGAUUUUGACAAAUGUAAAGUGAUUUUUUUUUUGGUGGGGGGGGGGUGAAAAAUUAUAGGAAUCCAGAACUUUCUGAUUUCUAAAUAUUCACCCCACUCUGUCCUAAUGUAGGGUGCAUGGAUAUAGAACUGGGUGCAUCACAGUUAAAUCAAGUUUAAAGCAUAGCUUUAUUGUGCAUUGCUACCCAGCAUAUCCCUUAAAGGGUUAAAAAAAAUUGCCAGUAGAAUUUGUUUGGUUUAUUUGAAAAGAUUUAUUGGCCAACUUAUUGCCUCUCUCUAUCUGUCCUACUUUAAUAUCUCAUUCAUCUACCCUUAGUCUAUGCUUUACAAAAACAUUUGUUUCUGCUUGUUUGCUUUUUUUAAUUUAUUUUAGUAUGAUUUUAUUCUAAUAUUAGUAGGUGUGUGGGCAGAGUGUUUCGCAGAGCAUUGCGUGGAAUUCUGGUCUACAGAAAGGGUUAACUACUUCACAGCCAGCGGUCAGCCAAGCAUUGCAAAGCAAUGUGUUGCUAUUUCCUCAUUAACAAAAUAAAAUCACCGCAGCCUUUAGCAUGUUAAAAGUAAAAAAAAAAAAAAACACCUAACAACUGCUCUUGUCCGAACCUGUAUUUAUAUCGACAUUUUGAGGAUUGCCAAUUUGAAUUUGAAGUUGAAGGUGUUAAAAUUAAAAAAACAAACAAAAUCUAAAUACACUGAAAAAAAAUGAAGGGAAAAAAAUAUAUAAAAAAAAAAUUUCAAACAUUAAGAUUGCUAAAUACAAAGGGGGAAGAUUGUUGUUGGUUUUUUUUGUACCAGAAAGGGUUAAUAAAACCAAUGAAAAUUGGUUAAAAUUACUUUUGCUAUCUAAGUCACAAAUUCUCUUUGUAUUUAAUCUUCUUCCAGAUUAAUCAAGCUUUCUACAAUCUUUCGAUGUUGUUUUCCUGAGCUGCUCACCUUAAUUCUGAGUGGUAUUUAAUAAAACCAUGGUUAUAUAUUCCUGAAUUCUAUCAGAAAGUGUUCUAACUGUACUGUGUACUGUGCUGGGUGAAUCUUAAAUAGAGGCGUAAUAUGUAUUUAAAGUAUAGUAUUUCUAGAGUCAUGUAAUAUAUAAUGCAACUCAUCAGACAGCAGCUGAUUAUAUUAUAUGCAAUAUGGCGGUUGACAUUAAUAUAAAAAUACUGUGCUAGCUAUACUAUAAUAAGUUUAACUGACUAUGAUACAACAGAGUGGCGCAUUUAAUAAGGUCAUAAUAGAAUGAUAUACUUUGAGAGAAUUUAAUGCAUGCUGUAGUAACAAAGUGAUGCUAGAUCUUUUUAUUAUACACAUUGUUACAAAGUAAUACAGGCUAAAAAAUAACUCAUGUCCAUCAAUUUCAUUAUUUUGUACAUCUAUAGUAUAUUUAGUGAAGGGAUACAAUAUACAUACAGUAACAGUUAUAUAAAAUAAUGAAAUAUAUGAUACAAGUAUAGGUAGGCUAUGAUAUGGAUCAGUAUAUAAUACAGCAAUGUGUUUAAUUAUAAUAUACGCUAUGUCAUAUGAUAAGAGGGAGAGACAUAAUAUGAAGAUAUAAUAUAACAUAUGGUACAGUAUCAGGCUGGGAUAUGAUAUAAUGCAGGGUAUACAUAUAACUGUGAGAAAUAUCAAUGUAUGUGUAGUAAAAUCACUUUAGAAAUGAUUUAUUUGACAUAGUAACUGGCGGGAAUAUGAUGUAAGAGAGCAUGUCACAAAGCCACAGGAAGGGUUAUGCUGUAAUCUUAUAUAUAAUACAGGAGAGGUUGGGAAUGUGAUAUGACGCAAUAUAUAAUACAGAAUAUAAACUAUAUAAACCGUAAUGUGUGUGAUACCAUAUAUAAUACAAGAACAAGAUAAGUAUAUUGUCCAAUUGCAGGUAUGGAUGGUUUUAUCAUGAAUAUAAGGUCUACAGCAAUAUUUCUUCAUUAAAAGGGCAGACAGACAGAUAGAUAGAUAGACAGAUAGAUAGAUAGAUAAUUUAUUAGAUUAGGUUUUUUGUUGUUAUGCAGAUUAUUCCUUGGGAUCUCCUUCAAAAGCAAAACAAAAAACAAAUGUUUUAUAGAGCCCUUAACUUACCUCUAUUCCAGUGCUGGGAAAGACUCCUCAUUCCUCCCCUUGUGACAUCAUCAGUUCUGAUGAUUAUUGUCCAAUCAGAUACUUCUCAUAGAGAAGUAUUGAGAACACACAGCACUCGCAGUUCUUGCCACAAUCCUGUCAUUCAGUGCUUCUCUAAGGAAAUUAAUGCAAUGGACACGUCCAACUUCAGCAUAGUUGGAUGCUGAUGGCCAAUAUCAAAUAGAUUCAAUAAAAAAAUCUAUUUGUGUCAGAGGCCCAAACUGGCUGUCUGCAUGAGAGCCACUACUAGGCGUGGUAGAACCUACAAAAUGUGAGGAAAUGGAUCUGUUUUAAUUUUCAAGGCUAAGGGACAUUAUCGAUACCCCAAAAUCACUGCAUUAAGAUGAAAUAAUUCUGGUGCCAGGACUGUCCCUUUAACCCUCCGCUGACACUUGAACAUACACAGUGUUUCCACUGCCUUCUGGGAAAUUCAGUCCCGCUGUCAGAGCUCCAUAGAUAACCAACAUAAAUGGCAAUCAGAAUAAAUCUAAUUAGUCAGUAAGCUUAACAAAUAAUUACAUAUUUAAAAGCUGCUAAUUAAUGGAUUUGGCAAGGAAAGAUAUUGCAGAUUAGAAAUAAACUAACAAUUUGCAGCCAAAAUAGUCUCUGUCAGGGGUGACAUUCAACACAUUAUUAGUGUUCUGUCCAAUGAACACAGCAAUAUUUGGAGUGAGAACAGCUUCCGUUUACGAGGAAAUGUUACUAAAUAUUGCAGAAUGUUAAAAGAUGAAAAUUGUUCAAUGUGUUGACAAUGAGCUUGGAAUCUAUAGUUAAAAGUUAGACCUUGCAGCACAAACCAAAAUCUCAGCAUACACUGGAUUUACAGGAAGAGGGCAAAUACCUCCAUCUUGCCCCUACCUACAGACGCCCAAACAAAACUGCUCACAUUUUGCCUUUACUCUGGUUUUUUAAAAGGACACUAUAGUCACCAGAACAACUACAGCUUAUUGAAUUUGUUCCGGUGAGUAGAAUCAUUACCCUCAGGCAUUUUGCUGUAAACACUGUCUUUUCAGAUAAAAUGCAGUGUUUACAUUACAGCCUAGUGAUAACUUCGCUGGCCUCUCCUCAGAUGGCUACUAGAGGUGCUUCCUGGGGCAGUGCUGCACAGCGUGAUUGACGUUCAGUGUCUCCACCCUCUACAUGGAGACACUGAACUUUCUUUAUAGAGAUACAUUGAUUUGAUGCAGCUCUAUGAGGAAAUGCUGAUUGGCCAAGCCGGUGUUUGGCCCUGCCUCAUCCAGCCUCCUUGCUGAUUUCAGCCAAUUCAAUGCUUAUCCUAUGGCAAAUUCUGAUGAUGUCAGCAAGGUUGCAGAUCGGGGGUGGGGUCAACACUGGCCGACCCAUGCUGUGCUGGAAUUAAGGUACGUUUUCUUACAUUUUAUGUGGGUAAAGGGGUGGCAAGCCACCUAACUCGUGGUUUUAAUACUAUAGGGUCAGGAAUACAUGCUUGUGUUCCGGAUCCUAUAGUUUUCCUUCAGAGAACACUAACAGACCAGAGGGGGUUAUAAUAAAAGCUGGACCACUGGUGGAACUGGCUUACAACAAGUAAUAUUCACCAAUAACAUUAUAUUUAUAAUACAUAAUAAAAUACCCAUGAGAGACAGAUUAGAUAGAUGGAAAAUAAAGACACAGACAGACAGACAGACAAACAAACAGAUGAGUGGAUAGACAUAUAGAUAGAUGGAUUGUUCAUUGGUUUUGUUUAUAAGAACAAUCUUGUAAUUAUGUCAAACCCUUAAUUUCUUUUUGUAAUAUUGUAAUAUAUACAGUUGAAGGCUUGAAGAAAAGAGAGGGAUAUCCAUGUUUUUAGUGUUUUAUUUGGUUCGCCGUCUGUGCUUAUUAUAUCUGUCUGUGCAUAUUGUGGGAAUGGUAACAUAAGCAGUAAAUAUUCUUCUUAGAUAUCAGGAUUCAGGUUUCUUGUGGUGUUCACAACUCUGCCUCUUUGGACCAGCAAACAACAAAAUGAAAUUAAAGGGAUACUCCAUACACCCAGACCACUUCUGCCCAUUGGAGUGGUCUGGGUGCCAACUCCCACUACCCUUAGCCCUGCAAGUGUAAUUAUUGCAGUUUUCAUAAACUGCAAUAAUUACCUUGCAAAGGGUUAACUCCUCCUCUAGUGGCUGUCUGCUAGACAGCCAAUAGAGGGCACUUCCUGGUCUACAGCACAGGUUUUCUAUGCUAUGGCGUCGCUGGACAUCCUCACGCUAUGUGAGGACCUCGAGUGUCACUAAAAUCCCCAUAGGCAUUGAAAGCAUUGCCGCGCAUGCGCAUUAUGUCUCCUCCGCCGGCUGACGUCGGCGGGGGAGGAUCGUGGCCGGACCCUAAACCACUGCCGAAGGACAUCGGCGGUGGUCUCUGGUAAGUCACUGAAGGGGUUUUCACCCCUUCAGCAACAUGGGAUGGGGGGUGGGAGGGAGAGGGUUUUGCUGGCACUGGAGUGUCCCUUUAAGAAAUACCUAAUGCAUAAUGUUCAUUAACAGUUUGGUAUUUUUUUAAAGUCUCCGUCCACAUCGACACAUUGAUUUUUAACAGUGGAUCCAUUAGUUUGUGUGCCAAUGAAGAAAACAACUAGAUUUGAAAGUUAAUGUAAAUUGCAGGACAUGCUUAUAAUCAUCUCAAAUGUGUCUUGUGGUCUCAGGUUCUUCCUGGAACUAUGCGUGUCCAAGGGCAAGUGUAACAACAAAAAAGGAAAGUGAAAAUUAAUUAUACAAUAAAGCAAUAUAUAGGUGCUAUCUGAUCCAAAUGAGGCAGAGGUGGAAAAACUCCACAGGGAAAAUUUUACUUCUGCCAUCACUUUUAAGUAUCGGAGCUUUGCUCUUUGCUCUUUUUCAUGUGAGUGAGCUUGAUUCAUUCCUACUUAAAAUGUUGUAAAAUUCUUUGGCCAGUUAGACUGUUUAUGUGUUGUUAUUUUUGUUGCCUCAGUGUUUUAGAAGAUCAUUUUUUUAUACUUUACACUUUACCGAGUAACCCUGCAAAUAUUUAGCCGAGGGCCUGUAUUUAUAAGCACCGUCGGCUUGGGUAAUAGCUGAAGAAUACGGCUAAUCUGAAAAUUAGUGGUGAUGGAAUUCCCUGCCUGAAACAAGUUAUAUUUAAAAAUAUCCUUGCCAUAAUUACUAAGAUGUUUUGUCAGCCUGAAGACAGUAAGUAAGUCAGUGUUACAUUUUCAGAUAUAAAUUUUAAAUUGCAAGAAAACAAAAAAAACUCACGAAUACAAAAACGGCAUAACAAGCACAAAGCUUUAGGAGGGUGAAACGACAAAAACACAUUUCUGACACAAAUGAUUCCAUUUGCAAUUAUACCCACAAUGCUUUGCAGGGCCGGUGGGAAGCGUAAGAGUGAAAUGGAGCUUUUUCUCAUUAAAUAGUCUUCAGUGGUAUGUCCCACUUCGUGCAUGAGGGGAGAGAUGAUUCCACUGGUAAUGUCUCUUCUCUGUGUAUGUCCUGACAGCUGGGAUAUUACACUAAACUAAUCCUUCACAAGACUCAUUUUCUCAGUAUAUUUCUGGAGAUUAAUGCAAAUCUUAUUUGAGGUGUACUUAAUCCUUCGCCAUGUCAUAUUAACAUACAUUCCAUUUGUGUCUUGUACUUGAUAAGGGCCAGACAGUGCAAUAAGGCACGCGUGGGAUUAAAGGCACACUCACAGCUUCAGGACUGUCUGAUUACAUGCGCUGUGUACAAAUUAAUUCAGUCCUAUACUAGAGUAUAUUAUAGAAUAUAUGUGAAAUGCAAAAAAAACCAAACAAUUAAAUAGAAAAAAAUAUAUAUAGGCGGCUGAAAAAAUAUCUAAUAUCACAUAGCAAGGCCCCUGGCAAUCCAUACAAAGGCACUAACAGGGUUUCACAGCAAACUUAAAAAAGUGGGCCUAAAAAGCAAUGUUUUAUUUAUUUUUUGUUAAAACAUACUAGACUUUUAAGACUUGAUUUGACCCAUUCUUUGUUUUAAUGCUUUUUAUUAUUAAUUAAUUGAAGGAACGCUUCAAGCACCAUAAAUACCAAAAUGUCAUGUAGUGGUUAUGGUGGCAGGAGUGCUUUGGCACUCUCUCAGAGUAAAUUGUCACACCAUUAUUGUCAGAACUGUUUGACAACUUACCUGGGUUUGCUGGGUGACCUCACUCUCUUGCUGAAGGACUGCACUCAUUGGCCGAGAGAUGUGCCUGCUUAGCUUUUCCUCUCCUGUAAGGAGAUUCCAGGAAAAGAGGGAGUACGUGUGGGCACCCGGUGAGACCCAGGUAAGUUGUCAAACCGUUUGCUGUUUCUAUUCCAUAAGCAAUCCUUUAUGGGCUCAACAGGGGUUGGAGGAGUUGUAGUUUAAUGGUCAGCUUUCUACUAAAGAUAGGAAAUAGUUGAACUGUAACUCUCAGAGACAUGACCUCUUCUACAGCAAUAUUUAUUGCCCACAAAGGGAAAUACUGCAGGUUGGAAGGGAGUGGCAGAAAGGGUGGGCUUGUCGAACCAAACUAUAUGUAGAUAAAGAAAAUGAACCCCCUGCCCCUUCAAACUAAUAUCACUAACUGUAAGAUAACUGGACUCCUUGCAACUAACCCGGGGGUGCAAAGAAUGUCCUCUUAUUAUCAAAUACAAUUUUCACCUUUUUGGGGGUAACAAUGUAUAUUUUGAUUGCUACAAUAAAUGGAAUUGAAGUGUUUAUUGGGGUAGGGGAUGCAGUAUAUUAAUAUACAAAACUUAUUCUCUGAGUGACUGAGGUGGUCUGUCUAUCCUUCAGUUUCUAUCCAUCUUUCUAUCUAUCUCUCUCUUUAUCUAUCUAUCUAUCAAUCAUUGCCAUGAAAAACUGUACUUGGCUAACAUCUAGAUCAUGAGUCUCAAACUCUCUAAUUUCCAGAUGUCGAUGGCCUACAACUCCCAGAAUUCUUUGAAUGCAACAGAUGGUGGGAGUUGUUGUUCAGCAAGACCCAGGGGGCGGGGGGAGGGGGGCACAGUUUGAUAUUCCUGAUUUAGACUAUCCUAGUCAGCCAUGAUCACACUUAAAUUAGUUUGACCCUUAAAACCAACAGAGAAACACCCUUUUCUUAUUGUUCCACGUUUAAGUUUGUAUUAUCAAAAUCUAUGAACCCUCUUUCGGCUGGGUUUCCCCACAUCUACAGUAUGUGGGAUUGGAUUACUUUAUUUAUGACAAUAUUCUAGACUCUUUUUGAAACCCGAUAUCCAGUACAUUUAUCCAUCUUGAUCUUGUAUUACCCAGGCUAAGCCCUCGACUUGCUCCAGGCGUUUGACCCACUGAUACCUUCCGCCAAGGCCAACAGUGCGUUGGAAUUUGCUUUACUAAAUUUCUAGUUUUCGGGUUUAAAUUAGGCACAAUCUUGGUGCAAUAGUUGAAUGCUUGGCUAAAACACCAAACAUAUUUCAGUUCCCCUGAGUUGUUCUAGUAAAACAGCUCCUACAGAAUUUUCCUCCAUACCUAACAAGUCUUAAUAUAUCUCCCACACACUGUAUGUUGCUGCUGUAACUGAGAAAGAGCAAAACGUGAAUUUCAUAUUCUUUACUUGACAAUAAAGACAUGCGAAAUGUGCCUUUUACAUUUAUAAUCAGGUAAGUUAUGCCACGUAAAUUGGACUUAAAACCAAAUUAAUGGAGAAUUUGAACAUCAUCCCUGUAAGUGUAAUGAAUCUGGACUGUGGUAAUCCAUGGCUGUUGAGAACAUAAGGCAGACAGUACCCCAUGCCAGGGGAUAAGAAAGGCACCAAGUGAACCCAACAAUCUCCAUUGAGAACGUGUAGAGAAUAAGAGAGUCUCAUUUUAACGGAAUAGUAAGCCAGGUCAGAAGUCGAGCUGUAGGGUGAGCUAAUGUCAUGCAUUCAAUGUCUUGUCCCUGAGAUGGGUUGGCGGGACCGGCAUACAGAGAGGGUUAAGAUAUGAUGUGUAAGGGUAUGGCAGUAUGGGACCAUGUAUAGUGAGGGAGCCCCGCUCACGCUGACUGCAGCAUGUCUUCGAAGCAAGGGUGACUCAUUACAAGAAUUUAUUCCGCUGAGAUUCACACACAUUUAGAUCAACUCAAACCUCUUCAUUUCUCUGCAGAUGACAAUACUAGUCUUUCUGUAAGAAAAGCCCUAAAUUCACUUAAAGGGGAAUUAUGGUGAAAAAGAUCCCUGAUAUGUCAUAGCUUAUAUUAACAGGUGCCAUUUGGAUAGAUUGCAAUGGUCAUAGUCAUUACAUUUAAAAUAUAUUCCCUCCUCCUGCCUUUUCCAUGACAUUACUGAAACAAACACAUUUUGUGAGCACAAGCCUUUACUAAGCAGUACAUAUCAGGCUGCUGUCAAUCCAAACAAUUAGGCAGGUCAACUGCUGUUUUUAGAGUACUCGGGAAGUAAAGGCUACUCGUAUUGGAGGGGAAACCUUAACCAGCUCCAAACCGCCCAAUAUCUUCUAAAUUAAAUGCCAAUGGCAAUUGCAACUGCUGCAGAGUAGCAUAUAUAAACAUAUAUUAUAACAUAUCAAAAGUCAGAACUAACAUAAGGGAGCAAAACUUGUAUCUAAUUAAUUAACUAUGGAACUUUUAUUAUAUAUUGCUAUUUUGUAGUUGUUGUCCUAUACAAUAUAGCUUUAUUGUUCCAAUCGAUUAUUUUCUCUUCUUGUUUAGUUAUCCACAGAAUUAGCAUCACAAUAACUACCAGCGUGAUUUAUCUUAGUAAAUAUUUUAGGAUUUAAUUCUUCUUUUACUGAUUGAACUAUUUUUUUCUUUUUUACAUUCUUUAUUUUUGUGAGUUAUAGCAGAAAGUACAACAUUUUUCCUGAGUUGCAUAUAAACAUUAUUAUCAAAGAAGCUGGACAUGCAUCACAUAGCUGAACCUACUCAUUUUAAUUUUUUGUUAACCCAGGCUCUCCUAUAGUUCAGCUAAUAAGCUUUUAGCUGGAGGGAUACGGGUGAUGGGCCUCAUACACCUUGUGACUGAGUGGUAUAGCACCAUUAAACAAAAGCUCUUGUAAGGCACCUACGGGAAGUUUAAUAAGCUGUGAAUCCUUCGAUAGCUAAGGAAUGGAGCUUUAAGGCACUGUUGCCUAAUCGUAAGGCUGUGAUCAUAUGAAGAGUGUGCAUUGGCUAGCUUUAAAGAUACAUGUGGUACCCUUGUGCAUUCUAUGUGGGGGGAGAACAGGGAUAAGCUAAGUUAGAGCUUCCUCAUAAACCUACGGAGCCAGGUCAACAUAAUUGAACUAUUCUAACGGGGGAAGGAUAGGUGGUAGAUGCAUGGUACAACCCUUCAAUGGAAAUAGUCACGGCUGAUGUAUAUCUACACAACGAGCAAGGGUGGAAAUUUUCACUACAAGUUAAAGCAUCUACAAUCCCUUAUGAAUAUAUUAUGAAAUGUGCUUAAUCCAUACUUUCAUUGCAGCACAGAGAGGAAGAUAUGUAAAACUGUACUUAAGCGUUAAGGAUUAUUCUCCAGCAAACAAGUCAACAUAAGGUGAAGUCUAAAGGCAAGUCCAUAUGGUCUAUAAGAUAAGCAGGUAGAACUGGUUAAGUAGCAGGAUGGCAUUGGCCAGAGACUGCCAUGGCUUACUGGAUGGCCAUUAUGCUAUAAUAGUACAUAGAACAUUGUGCAGAAUAAGCUGAAGGUCUUUGUAACCCGAGGCUUAAAAUUUUAAGACCUACACUACUAGCCAUACACUAAAAGUUAGUUGUCACUGCAAGUUAGGAGGGUCCAUGGCAAUUCGCCAGGAUUGAACAUCUACUAGCCAGGGCUACAUUUUCACUCCCCAAAGGCUAGUGGCAAUUGCAAAUGUUAAGCCCUGCAAUAUCCCUCAUGGGAUAUUUACAAAGAGGGCAUGGAAAGAAAAGAAGGUAGGCUGAGGUAGGUUGGGUGCAAGACCAGGACAGACAACAAACUUUCCAUGCAGCACAUUAGACACUGGCCAAGAUGUAGACAAUUGGUCCUGUGGUCGACACAUGCGCACAGUUCAAUUCUGGCCCAACCUAUUUCCACAGUUCCGCCUCACCCAUAAUGUCUGCAAUGUUUUGUUUUCUCUAGAUCUAAAAGUGUCGAGGGUAUGUGUGCUAGGAGCAUAUAAAUUGAAUUGUUUGUGUACACAAAUGUAUUAAUAUCAAACGUUUGUAAUGGAUGGAAAAUCAUCAGGACCUGGGUCAUUAUCAAUUGGCUCAACACAGAAAAACCCCCACAAAUUUCGGAUUAAAAAAUCAGAGUUAAUAUCUACAUAAUAAUGAUUAAAGGGAUCAUAGCACAUAUUUAUAAUUUUUUACAAAAUGUGCUUCUGAGUAAUCAAAAAAUGCUAAUUUAGCUCAACAUUUUGAUCAAUGAAGAAGUCACAGAUGCAUUUAUCAAAUCUUUGGCAUUCAAAUGGUAAACGUAGCGCUCACCCCUAAAAGAUUUAUGUGCCUUUGUAAAAACUCUGUUCAAGACACGGACGUACUCUGAAGAACUUACCUCUUAAUUCAUUGUGGAUGUUCUUGUCGCGUUGUUUUACAUUAAAAAAAUUAAUCUAUAAUUUAUGCAUAGCCUUAUUUAAAAAAAAAAGAGAGAACUAGGCCACAGCAGUAAAAAGUAGUCCCGAAACAUUGUAUCACCGGUUUGCUGUCGCUUUUGAUCAGUUGGAAGCGCUAAGAUCAAACCUCUGUACUGUCUUGUACCCGAGAAAGUCUAAGUGCUCAUUAAAGGUGCCGAACACGCUGCAUGCCAGUAAAAUUGUCUUGUAAAUAAUUUUAAAAAACAGAAUCUAAUUGGUUUCUUGAAACUCCAGCCAUAUGUUGUGAUAGCUUGUUGGCAGAAGCGCGGCAGCGAAAGGUUUAUGUUUCAAAGGGUUUGUUUCUUUAGAUUUACUCGUGAAAUAUUUUUAUGACUAAUCAAAAGACGCAGAAGGUGCCCUAGUGAAAAACAGCACCAAUGCAGCCAAAAGCCGGCUGGGAUUUACAUAGGAAGAGGCAAUAUUUUAACAAAAAGUACAUUUAUUUUCUAUAUUACUCCAAAGGGCACUGCAAAAUUUUAAAUACAAAUGAAGGCAAUACAAUAAUAUAUAUUUUUUUUUAUAAAGUGUAUCUUUCAAUUAUUUUACUGCAAUGUCAGUCUCCAAAACAAUUAUAAAUGUGUAUCAUGCUGUAUAAAGGGCAUUUAGUAAAUGUUGCUUAGCCUGCGAGAGCAGCCAUUUUAACUUGAUUUGCACGAUUAGUUCAUCAGAAAAACUCAAAUAUCAAAUGUAUUACAAGAUAGGAGGUUAAUUUUAUGCUACACACUUUUAUUGGACUUACUAAUGAGCACUUUUCUUUCUCAAAAGAAGAAAGCUUAUAUCAACUGUAUAUUUUAUGACUAGUCCUCCAAAUUGGUUUACUUCACAAUUUUGGUAGAAGUUAAUGUGUCUGACAACUCCAGAGGAACAAAAAAGUAGGUUUGGGCACAACCAGUAGUUUCUUCAGUAGGUAGACUUAAUUGUGGAGUACAAAAAUUUAGACAACGUUUCGGCUCCCCUGAGCCUUUGUCAAGUAUUGACAAAGGUUCAAGGGAGCCAAAACAUUGUCUAAAAAUGUUUUAUAGCACCCUAGUGGGAGUACUCCCUGAAAAUGUGUGUGUGCAAAGUGCUUUGAAAAUUCUAGAACUCCAGAAGGAUGACAGAGCACUACAGAGUUUAAUGACAGGGAUGCGAAACUCAGACCCUUAUCUGUUGGUGAACUAUAUAUAUAUUGACAUUCUUUGAGUGGCAUAGUUGGCAUUGAAUUAUUCUAAUUAUAGCCGUUGGUAAAAUGGCAGCCCCCAUAAAUAUAAGGAUAUGAAACAGUGAGAAAUACUAUUCAUAGAAUACACUUCAUAGAAUGUAAACAAGGGCAGUAAAACAUAACAUUUCAAAACUAUUAUCAAAACAUAUCAAAAUGAAAAACUGAGGCUACAAGGUCCCUAAUAUCAUAAGUAUAAGUCAAAGUGGUUUAAUGUCUUUGUAAAAAUUCUUUGCAAGACACAGAUGUACUCUGAAGAAUUUACAUCUUAAUUAAUUGAGGAUGUUCUGUUUGCGUUGUUUUACAUAAAAAAAAAACAAUUGUCAAUAAUGUAUACAUUGCCUUAUUAAAAAAUGUUUUUAAAAAAAUAGGCACGGCAGUAAAAAGUAGUUCCGAAACAUUGUAUCACCAGUGUGCUGUUGCUUAUGACUACUUGGAAACGCUAAGAUCAAACGUCUAAUAGAUCAUGCCGCACUACUUUAAUAUUGUACUAUGAGGACUUGAAUAAAAUCUGCUGUUCGCAGUACAUGUGAUCUGUUUAGGUUUUCCUAAAGCGUCUACUACAGUUCUGAGGUUAACAGUAUUGUGCAUAUUGAAUGAGGUAGGAAAAUUUUUUAGUUUUUAUAAAGAAAAAGUGCUGAGAGUUGCUACAAACAAAGAAUCACAAGUCAAACCAAUGGAAAAUAGUUUGACUACUUGCAUUGGGGAGUGCUGGUGUACUUCUGACACCAUAACCACUACAGCGCGGAUCCGGAUAAAAGCAAAGUUGUGUGUUUGGGAUAAAAAAAACACAUACUUUCAACAUAUAGCUUAUGCAGUGUAAAGGAAAUCAUAAAUGAUUAAGCAUGUGGGAAUAUAAAUAGUGGUCAGUGUUGGUCAGCGCCAAUUGAGGCGUUAUCAUGUAUAAAAGGAAGUAAUGUCUCAAAAAGGACAUUAUUGAACUAAAAAGGUUUGCGGCAAUAUACUACAAUUGAGGUAAUGAAAGAAUUUAAGAUCUAAAUUGAUGCUCUCAAAAAAGAUGUCUUAUUAGAGUAUACUUAAUUAUUAGAAAACAGGUCGUUUCGGUAGAAGUGGUCAGGGCUCUUUUCUGUCCCUAUCGCUACAGAGAACAGGCUGUCAUUGAAUUAUUAAGAUCAUCUUUUCACAGUGAGUUUAUUUAUACUGCAAAAGAGGCUCUUGAUCAUAAGAUCUCAUUAAAAUGCAAAAUUAUAUUAAAGGGGAGGACAAGGACCUCUCAGCAGAGUCUUUCAAGGCACAUGCUGGGCAAACAACAGAUUACUAGUCUUUCAUGAUUGCGUCUUCGUACUUUUUGCAAGAUAUAUAAUUGCUCCUGAUGUCCCUUUCAAGUGUUCUGUUUAGUAUACGGCAAAAUUGUUUGUGACAACAGAAAGUUCAACAGUCUCCAUUCUACCUUAUCCAUUUUUUCUUUAAAAACUGUUGAGUUAGUUUGAAGUUAUUUUUCACUGUUAAACAAAUAAAAUGUAGAACUAUUUAAUAAAUGGUCUGGGAGCACUUUAUGCUCUCUUGCGUAGAGCUCUACACAGUUCUUUAAUACGUCCCUUGGUUCUCUUGACUCCUUCACAAGUGGCUACUCUUUAUGUGUAGUUUCAAAUACUGUUAGCUUAUUUCACAAGUGGUGAAUGACUCACGUAAAAUUAUGAUUAAAUCAUUUUUAUGUUACUUGGCCUUAUUUUGGUUUUUUUGGGGGGGGGAUGAGGGUGUUUGACAAACUAUUUUUAAAUGUUAUGACAGAAAACAUGGCUAUUGCAGUCUAAAAUGUACGGUUUUGUAUCCAAUUAUUACUUUUUAAUGAUGCACAUUUUCAAAAACUAAAAGCACACAACAAAGCUAUUUUAAACUAUUUUAUUUUGCAAAGAUUCCACAGAUGGCAAGUCACAUUCAAGCUUUGGGCUAAGAUCAUAAAAUAUAACAAUAUGACCAGAAGUUCAUUUGAAAAGCAUUUUCUUACAAAAAAGCUUGUACGACAAGUGAAAACUCGAAUAGACACCAUCUUGUCUCUUCAUAAAAGGUCCAAGCUGAAAUCAGAUUCUGUGUCAGGGAGAGGGCAGCAGUCCAUUUUGAAGCAACAUAUAAUCUUUGUCUGAGCAUUCAGCCCUCAAUCACCCUCUGUUCCAUCAUCAGGAAAGAGCUUUAUAGAAAUGUUACCAAUCAAAAUGAUCAUAAGGACCUCAUCACCUCUAGCGCUAUUCACAAUAGCAAGAUACAGCUGCGGAAGCAGUCUAAUUACAUGGGGACUGUAGGCUGUGAAAUGUGCCGAUGGCAUUUAGACUAUGCCUAUUGCUACAAUGCAUUAACCCCUGCUUGGUCCUGCACUGUGAUAUAUUGACCUGUGACAGGUAAUUUACAUGAAACAUAUAUUAUAUAUAUGAUAUACGGUUUGAGCUAACCCGGGCAGUGAAUUAAUACAUAGAAACAUAGAAUGUGACAGCAGAUAAGAACCAUUUGGCACAUCAAGUCUGCCCAAUUUUCUAAAUACUUUCAUUAGUUCCUGGCCUUAUCUUAUAGUUAGGAUAGCCUUAUGCCUAUCCCAUGCAUGCUUAGACUCCUUCACCGUGUUAACCUGUACCACUUCAGCUGGAAGGCUAUUCCAUGCAUUCCCUACCCUCUCAGUAAAGUAAUACUUCCUGAUAUUAUUUUUAAACCUUUGCACCUCUAAUUUAAGACUAUGUCCUCUUGUGGCCAAUCACUGCAAAGGACCAAUUACUGGAAAUGUGGCAUUUCAGUGGCACUACCAUUCCUCAUUGAGGAAAAGUCAGCAUCGCUCGUGGUCUACAACCAAGAUUUAGACAGAUGUGCCCUCCGUUUAUUGUUUUCUCUGCAGGGAUGCACUGAUAGAACAUAAUACCCAGUAAUUGCCUGUGCCAUGGUAGGUAAAGUCUGUGCCAAGGUAGGUAUACAUUUCUCCGUUGAUGAGAUUGGCACAGGGGAAACACAGAUAAGAGGACUAUGUCUUCUCCGUGUCUUCUAAUUUUCCCACCCUAAGGUAUAAAAACAUAGCUGGUGGCACAAGUUACUGCGACUGCUAUCGUACUGGCAAGGUAGGAUAGACAGAAAGACUUGUGUCGUGGUAGACAUAUUAAAUUCGGUUUCCCUUUUAGAAAAUUGGCAGAGAGUUUUGACAGAUUCUGGUGAAAUGUUGCAUUCUCACAAAAUACCCCUGUGACGAAGUGCCCUUCGCCACUUGGUCCUGGAGAGGCCUACUUGCCAGCCUCCUCCCCUGUGACUAUGACUCUUUCAUGUAUCUGGCUUUAAAGCACCUAGUCUACCUUCAGACAGACUAUUUAUGUAGGCUGCUUUAUUUAUCUUAUGUUUUAGUCACCCUGUACCUAUUAUAGGUGCAGGGUGUGUGUAAUGUAAUUGUUUAUAGUGUGUGUGUGUGUGUACUGUGUAAUGUAUUGCCUGCUCUCUUGUAUUGCUGAGGUUUGCUACCAACUAGGUGGGUUUGGCUAUGGAGCUUGUCUAGUGCCCUCUGUUGGUAGCAACAGCAAUAUGCACUACCUGAAUUGCAAGACUGGUUCAUUUGUAUAUUCGGGUAGAUUUGCAUAUUGCUAAUUCUGCAGGCAGGUGAGAUAUUUACUGUUAAAUAUUGUCUCCCUCCACCCCUUUAAAAAUGUGCCAUUGUGUUGUGAUAAGUCACUGUGUGUUGCUUGAUAUGGUUUGACUGUUUGUGAUUUUAUUGAGGUUUCACAACAAUGUUAUUGUGGUGACUGUAUUGGCUGGUCCCAAGGGAAUAAAGGUUUUGACAGUUCUUCUUGAUCCCUCUAAAUGUAGCCUUGUCUCGCUAUUGGAGGGAGCUGUUAUAAUCACACUGGGGAUUGCUAUGCUCUGCAUGCUCCCCUGAGCUUGAGUCACUUAGCUCUUUUAAGAGCUUGUUCCUGACACGCUCUCCUUGGAGGAGGGGUCUUCACCACACAGUCCUGGAUGCUGGAAGUUCAUACAGGGUGGAAGGAAGAGUUCUUUCCCACACAGUCCUGGAGGACAGAAACUGAUCCAGGGUGGAAGGAAGACGGCGAGACUCCAGUCAAGAUACGGCGGUUGCGGAGUCUGCGGUGGUUGUGGUGUCUGCUGCAGUGCUUGGAGUCCUCAGGAAGCGCUAGGAGCAUCCGUCAACGGAGGGUACUCAGUCGGAGUACAGGGAGCUCCGUUACAACCCCGAAGGCAUGUUAGGUUUGUUAAUGCCACAGAUACAUAAAUUCAGUAGGAAAUUGUAUGCUAAUUUGCAGCAGAAGGAAAUUUUUAUAGAGUUUUACAGUUUAAGAAGGACCACAAAGGCUUUUCUUUUUAUGAGAUAGUUAUAUUUUAAAGGGUUUAUACUCAUGUAAGUUUAUUUUAAAGGGUACUUUAUCACAUGUGAGAAUAAUUCUAAUUUAAAUAGAAAAUUGCCAUCAUUUUGGUUCAAAUUAAAAACAUGCAUGUAUUAUAAGUUAUAUAACCCCUGCUUGCGUUAUUUUGUAAUGUACAUGAGUAAACAAGCUCUUUUCAGUCCAUUCUUUGCUUUCUCUUGCUGCGUUAGAGUAGCCGUCUCUAAGUCCUCUUUGGAGAGAGGCACAGUUUUGUCUGAACUAACGGUAUGCAGGAAAUCAAGACCUAGUGCAUGUUUAUAAAUCCUGAUAUACUGUGCAAGUGCUGUCCUAAAAAAGCACUCUGUGACUAGUCAGUAAUUCAAAUUGAGCAUGGUCUUAGGAGAUAAGCAGCAAAGGCAGUGCUUCCAGCCACAAAUUGGCUUAAAGAUGGCUAACCCCUUAGUACAUAGAUAAACCAGGAAGCACAUUUAACAGAGUUAUUAACUCAAAGGAGCUCUCAAAACUUCAUAACCACUGCUGCCCAUUGUAGUGACCAGGGUACGAGCAUGCCCCCGGCUUUGUCCCUUAGUUCUGUGUCAAACCUAUGGCCUGGUCCCUUGCUCUGUAUCCUGCUAUUUUGUAAUUACACGAACCUAGUAAAGGACAACUCUGUGCAUCAUCACAUCUUUAUUGGAAUAAACUUGUUAUGGCGCAAGGGGGCACCUGGUGCCGAUUUACCUGAAGGGGUCAUACUGUUAUGAACAGUUUAACCCCUAAGUCUUCAAGCCAGCGCCUGCUUGCUCUGGCCCUGAACAUCCGCUCCAUGUCCGAGGGAAGUGUCCCUUUAACUAUAUCAAUUUUGUUCAUGUUUGACAGCAUUAAUUGGCUGAGAUGAUAAUCCCUCUUCUGACCAUACAUUUCCGUCCGCUUCCUGACCUUUUAUCAUACACUUUUAAUAUUGAUUUAAAAUAAAAAAGAAAUGUAUUUAGAAGACGCACGCCUUGAAUGUGUGAUAUUAUGUGCUACGCUGCUUCCCUAACAGACUAAAGAAACUGUAAUCUUUGAAUCAAAACAGAGCCUUCAAAAAAAACCAAAAAAAAAAACCAUUAAACACAUAUUGCCCCUUUCACCAUUUUACUUUCAAGAUGAUCAGCCUUCUUACAAUAUGUAAAAUGUCCAUCUGGACACUAAAACAAAAAAAAAUCACAGCAUUGAUCAAUCUCCAGAACAUGCGUAAGUCUUUUUUUAAUGGCGAUAUUUGCUUGGCUCUUCCGCAAAGUGUUUCCUAGACCCCAAUCUAGUUUUCUGCUCACGCAAGCGUGUUAUUAGUGGGUAAUACACGUGUCACUAUGGAGCAUUUGCAUGAUGUCAGCAUGUGGCCCACAGACUAGUGCUAGUGGGGAGCUAGAGGCAACUGAAUCAAACGAUGAAGAACAUUCUAACUGCCUGUUACUGUAUCUGACAGCACAUUCCCAUACAAGCACUGCUCCGUGCCUUCAAUCACUGAUUCCCUCACUGAUAGCUCUGUAUUCCUAAUUUCUUUGAUCAUUAACCCUUAGAUCUGCCUUGUCACAACCACUGAUUAUGAGAGACUGUGCACAAAGCUGGCUUGGUUUCUACCAUGGCUAUUAAAGUGGAACUAUCAUCCCAAAGUAUCCUUUCAUAUGCUGUAGCUUAGAUUAAUAAGUUAUUAUGGACAUUGCCAGUGCCACUUACAUAGUUACAUAGCUGAAAAGAGACUUGCGUCUAUCAAGUUCAGCCUAACUCACAAAUGUUUUUGCUGUUGAUCUAAAAGAAGGCAAAAAAACCUGGUCUGAAGCGCUUCCAAUUUUGCAACAAACUAAUAAAAAAUUCCUUCUUGACCCCAAAAUAGCAGUCAGAUGUCUCCUUGGAUCAAGCAGCUAUUACCCCACUAAUUAGAAAUUAUAACCCUGUAUGUUAUGUUUUUGCAAGUAUUUAUCCAAUUGCAGUUUAAACAUCUGUAUGGACUCUGAUAAAACCACCUCUUCAGGCAAAGAAUUCCAUAUCCUUAUUGUUAUUACUGUAAAAAAACCUUUUCUUUGCCUUAGAUAAAAUCUCCUUUCUUCCGGCCUGAGUGUCUGACCUAGUGUCCUAUGCUUAUAAGACAACAGAAGUUUUAUUCAUUUCCCAGCUCCACGUCACUAAUGUCUGUUAUUGUCUCGUAGACUGUGAUGUUUGAAACAGUGGCAAGAUCAUUGUCUAAUAAUACUUGCGUGUGGUUAGCAUCUGUAGACAAAUGCCCAAAACGUGCAUGCACACUUGUGCGUUACAUCCGUAAUAUGUAUGUGCAUGUAUGCUUAUCCAUUUAAUUCAUUUGCAUGAUAUUCCCUGGCUGUGCCACGACAACCAGGCAUAAAAUGUAAAUGCUAAAAUAAAAGUAUUUGAGAUUUUAAAAAAACAGCAGUUGGGUUAUUAAAACUCACUUGUGAAUGACUCACGGUGUACAACCUUCUACCGUAUGACAAUUAUCAUAUAAGACCAUUACAGCUAAAGGAAACUGGGCAAAGUUUUCAGUUUGCAAUGAAGGCAGAAUAAAAACAUGCAAGGCAAGUAUUCUUUGAAUGUGUGCUAUUAAUUGUAUCCCCCAAUGAGCACUAUUUUACCAAUAACUUCUUUUUUUUAACUAUCAUUAUUUCUUGGAACACACACGAUACGCUUGCUUUGUAUGGUUGUAUGUGACAUAUAUAAUUAAAAGUUUUCAGCUGUAUCCUUUCGCCUGCAGGAGAUGUAUUCCCAAGAGAUUGCACAGACUGAAUUAUCUAUUGAAUGUAGACCGAAAAAAAAUGAUCAAAACAUUAUAAAUCAGUUAAAGAAAAAGUUGUUGAGAGUACAGUUAGUUGAGAAUCAACAGAAUGGGGUACAAAGCUUGUCAUUAGGUUGUAACUUAAAGGGUUAUUCAAUAAAGGGAGAAGUCAAAGUGAAUUUAACAUUUAAGACCAAAGUAGCCAAACUGGGAGCAUAGCUGACUUAGAAUUUUUCCAGCUCAGCUAUUUUAGUCUUGUAUUUAAAAUUAACUUUAAAUUUCCUUUUUAGUGAAUAACCCUUUUUUAUGGAGAUACCGGCGAUAAAAAAAAAAGGUUUUCCCACCUGCAAACAUGGUCACUGCACCUGAUAUAUUGCUAUUAUCUAAUCCCUGUUAAUGGCACUCUGUUUGUAUCUAUGAAUAGCAGAUUAAUCUAUUAAAUUUUAAUAAUCUACCUAUAAAAAUACAUUGCAUAGAAAAGUGCUUUUUUUUUUAUUAAUGCAAGAAUUUCAAACCUUAGAUAUUUUAUAUAUAUUUUUCCAGUGAAAGUUUUUUUAUUAGUUUAUUUUCAGAUAUGAAGAAAAUAUUAUCAAGAUAUGUAGACAGUAUGGCAACAUAUGUUUUAAUGGUAUGGUAUUUAAGAAAUGCUUUAUUAGAAAGAGAUUUAAACUAGUAAAGGAGAGAUAUAGAAAGUUGGAACCAGAACAGAUGAGGAGAGAAACCCCCUAUGGACUUAUUUAGCUGUAGGUUACAGAAUGAGGCCCAUCAAAGACUAGACAUUAUUGCCAUCAGCCCAUACCAUCGGUUUAUAUCCAUUUACAGAGAGUAACAUCAUACACUAUUGACACAUACUGGCAGCAAAUUGCGCUGUAAACAUAAUGAGCAGUUAGACUAGUUUAUCUGUAUUUAAAUUAAGGUUGGCUGAGAGUAAUCGUAGUUCAGUUCCAAUAAAAAAAAAAGCAUUUAAGAUUGCUUAACUCGGAUUUAAACAAUGGCUGCUAAUCUGUGACAGUCCCCAUGAUCAUGUUGUGUAUUAUGCCCACGCACAUCGCUACACUACCCCCACGAUGCUCUCUCAAUUUAUGGGGGCAUGUCAGGGAUUGUUGGGUACGCAGGGCUGGGUGUGCGCUUCUUCUAUUGUGACCUCCUGUCACAUCAGUGUGAUAGUUCUGUGAAGCAGGCGCAUUAAAGCAAAUCUCCUUGUUUCGGAAUUGUGACCUUUAAAUGAUUCAGCCACAUUAGAGGAUUAAAAAAAAAUAACCCCAGGGCGAAUCAUGCUGUAAAGGCAACGUGUAUGACUGCAGAUGGAGAACUGGGUUAUUCAGAGUACUUAGUAAUGCAUUGCUAACCCAGAGGUUGAAAUCUAGAAGCCGGCAGCAGGACAGGGAUUUCCGUAUGUAACUGAACAUAAACACAAAAACAAAGACAAAAACAAACAGACCAACAACUAAACGGUAUAAAACAGCUUCUAAUACACACAAUACCAAUGGGGUACGGUACACGCACAGAAGCAGAGCAGAUAGUAAUGGGCGCCAGGUUCUGCAAGUGAGCCCAUAGUAUUGUCAGUAGAUUUAAACUAGAAUGGGCUCACCUCUUGUCACACAGACUGGCGGGACUCCUUGCUCUGGAAAAUGCGGGGCGUGCCGCCUGUAAUGCUAGCAUGAGGCUCAGUGGGGGAACAGCCCUUAUCUCUUUUCUUAUCUCUCUGUGUAUGUUACCCGGUUGGUGCCCUCUGUCUGCCUUUAACCCCUUAAGGACACAACUUCUGGAAUAAAAGGGAAUCAUGACGGAAUAUUUCCGUCAUGUGUCCUUAAUGGGUUUUAUCCCUGAGUGCCAUGGUUACACCUGAUGUAGUGUCUUUAACCAGUAGUAGAUAUUCUAUUGAUAAUUUGAUAGUCUCGAUUUUCCAAUAUCUGCUCUGUCAGACUCCAUGGUUCUCUGGAACCAAAUGGUCCAAUACCGUUAAGGUCUGUACACUGGCCGGCAGUAUUGUUUGACGUCUCCAUGUUCCCCUAAGAAACUUUUCAUAGCAAUUAGCCUCCAGCUCAAACACAGCCUGCCAAUGAGUAGCAAUCUCUGUGGCCAUGCCAUCAGGACUUAUGAAACCCCCGGAUCCUGCCCUUAAGAGAUGCAUUCCUGUGACCUUGAAGACUCCAGCUGGGGGUAGAGGAGGACUUUGAGCUCUGAUUUCCUGUCUUGCUCUGGCAUAUCUCUGACUUGCCCAGAUGAGGUUAUAUGACCAUCCUGAACAGAAUACUGAUUGAGUCUAUCAUUUAAUGGGAUGUCUGCUAUAACCUUCUAUGUAGUAAUGAGAAAAGGAGGGUUGCACUCAAUCACAAGGUUUAACACAGGGUGCACUGAGCAUGGGUCAACAAAUCCCAAACAAUCUGUAUAAAUGAAACAAAUCUCAGGCACUCACUGUGAUCACUUCCAGGCAGUUUAUUGCAACGUUUCGACCUGAAACCAGGUCUUUUUCAGGUUGAAACGUUGCAAUAAACUGCCUGGAAGUGAUCACAGUGAGUGCCUGAGAUUUUUUUCAUUGCUAUAACCUUCUAGUCUUUUAACGAAUUCUCAAUUUACUGUUUCAACUUGUAGAUGACUUGUAUGAAUGCAUAUAGCCGUACUUCAGCACACUAAUUAAUUAGAAAACAAAUUAAUAAAAACUGCCCACAACAAAAAUGUACCAAACCAUGUUUCUCAAUAGUGAUAAUGUUAUUAGCAUAAAUAAAUUAGCAUGCAGAUCGGUAUUUAAUUGUUAAUCAAGUAUGCAGAACAAAAAGUAUGGUUUAUUACAAAAUAAACACAAAGACGGAGCUUUUAGUUAAUGAAAUACGCAAUCAUAUCUACAUCUCACUAUACAUGUUAUGCGUUUUGUGAAAGAUGUACUUCAUAAUGAGUCAUCACAUCCUAGAAUUUUCAAAAGGAACGCUCCAAAAGUUGCAGUGGUUAUGGUGUCAGGAAUGACCUUGCAUCUCCCAAACUAUUUGACAUUGACUUUUUACCCUGGGUACACAAGGCACCACUCUCACCUCCUCUCAGCCGCCAGCGACCUGAAAGCUCCUGCUAUAUAGCAGAUACAGAGCUUCUAUCUAGAGAGGUGGACGUGGUGACUGCUGGAAGCGAUGCUAAGCAGAUCCCAGGUAAGAAGUCAAACUGUUCUAAGUCAACUUGACUACUUGCGUUCAGAGAGGCAACGUGUGCUCAGUUUGCGUCUGGACUGAACUGGGUUGUUAUUUCAAUUGCUACAUUAUUAACAUACGUUUAAAAGAAAUCAGCUUCACAUGAUAAAGUUCAAAUUUGUUUUGUCAUGGAACACACAACUUUACCUUAAAGGGGCCUCUCUACGCAUGAUAACCAUUUCUUUUCACUGAAGUGUUUAUAGUCCCUGGUGUCCCCUGGCGCUGUCCCUCUAUUCAUUGUUGAACCAUUUUCAAGCAGUCUAACACUGAAGGACGGUCCCUGGCUUCCCAUAGCUCUGCCACCACUGGAGGUGUGGUUAAGACAAAGGUUACAUACUUCCUUGUAGCCAUAACAAUUCAUACCAGCAAUCAGGGCCGGCGCUACCACUAGACUCUGUGUGUGUCAUUGUCCCUUCCCCCAAGUUAGACAUUUUAUGGCCCCCCCAAAAAAACAAAAUGUAAACUAUGGCAGAUCAUAAGGUGCAAAAAAACGGAGCCCCGCGUCUAUUCUACAUUUUGUAGAAUAAUUAUUUAAAGUUGCUGGAUCUCUAUUUAAAUGACAAACACAUUCAAAAAAAUCUACUUUAGCACUAUAUUAUUUUAACAAGCUGAUCCCUGCCGUAUGUAUUUAUUUAGAGAGGUGGACAUUCAUUAUUAACAUGGCGUUGUGGAAACCCUAGCACACGUGCUGCAUAUCCUCCUACUUCACCGUGAAGGUCACUGGUUAAUUCUUGGCCUCUCAAGCAUAAAACUGGCAAACGUUCAGAAUUAUUGAUAUUUCCUCUUGAUAAACUCAGUGCCAUUUGCCCGUUUGAUUUUUCUGCUGUCAUGUCCUGGUUUAUGUAACCUCUACUUUUGCUUUUUAAAAUGUGUGCUCUCGCUGCUCUAAUAUGUGUGAGCGUUGGUAUUAAUUUGUGCGUGCGAAAAAUACACACAAGUGUGCCCCAGUGCUGGAUGCUAUUGGUUGCCAUGGAGACUGACAAUCAUUAAGGAUGCAGUGUUAACUCGCACCCCUCUUCAAGAAAAGCAGGAGCCUCGUUUUACAAUGUUGCUUCUUUUUUGUAGGCAAAGAAUGUGACCGGUCUCCUUUGAAGUGUUCGAUUUGUGCACUGUCAAAGAGAAUGCCCUGCGCUUUUUGUUCGGGGAGACAACAACAGGCAAUCCUCGUUGUACCUCAACAGUGCAAGGGCACAAGUUUAUCCUUGUUAUCUUUCUAACUCUUAGAUGUAAACCCCAGCUAUCCAGAGAGAAAAUAAAGCUGAAAAAAAUAUAUCUAACAGUUUCCAUAGUUACACAGACAAACAUAAUUUACAGAGACAUCAAAAAUUUGGCAAAGAUCGUACAUUUGUUGGCUAACAAAUGCUCCAGAAAGCAAGUUUUUAAUGCUGAUAGGGCAUGCAAAACAAACACCAAUUAGUCUCCAAGAAGUCCAGUUAACCAGUACAGGUGCCAUGUUUACCAUUUUGGCCGUUUUCCUUAAUAUGGUAACAAUAUGUUUGCACCUCUAUGCAGAAAAACACCCUGAGGGCAUCUGUUGUUUUUUUUGGGAGGUGAUCAUUGAUAUGUACUAAGCUGUUGCUUUUGAAAAACUAAUCAGUAAAAUGAAAUGUGUUUGAAAAUAAAAAAAGUUGCAAUAAUGAACGUUCCAUCAAAGUUUCCGACUUGGGCUUUAACCAUCAAAACUAAAAUAGCAAAUAUAAAUAGUGAAGCAAAACACGAACAGUAAACAUUUCUCCGUUAUGAAAUCUACUAGGAAUUUGCUAUUUGAUCGGUAUAUGUUUACUUGAAAAAGUAGCAAUUAUUCGUUAAAAAUUGUUUUGCACUUUUUAAAAACAUGUUCUCUCUCUCUGUGAGUUCAGUGGCAGAGAUAGACUUUGCCAUUAAAUAUGUUGUGGUCUUUCCCUCUCUUAAUGAUGAAUGAGCUUAUUGUAUGCACAAAUUUAUGAAACAUAGGUCGUGUCAAACUAACCUACUUGCAUUCUACGAAGAAGUAAGUAGAAGUAUAGAUCAGGGUGUUGCAGUGGAUGUGAUCCACUUGGAUUUUGCCAAGGCAUUUGAUACGGUUCCUCACAAUAGGUUAGUCUUCAAACUAAAAGAAAUCAGUCUAGAUGAAUAUUCUUGUUCUUGGGUAUAACAUUGGCUUAAGGAUAGAGUACAACGAGUUGUAAUUAAUAGUAAAUUUUCAGGCUGGACAAAAGUGGUAAGUGGUGUCCCUCAGGGUUCUGUUUUGGGACCGCUAUUUAACAUAUUUAUAAAUGAUCUUGAAAUAGGCAUUGAAAGCCAUGUAUCAGUGUUUGCAGAUGACACAAAACUUUGUAAAGUAAUAAAAUGUGAGCAGGAUAUUGCUUUGCUGCAGAGAGAUUUGGAUAGAUUGGGGGACUCAGCACUAAAAUGGCAGAUGAAAUUUAAUAUAGAGAAAUGCAAAGUUAUGCACUUCGGGGUUAAGAAUGCACAAGCAACUUACACACUAAAUGGUAGUGAAUUAGGGAUAACCACACACGAGAAGGAUUUGGGAAUUGUUAUAGACAACAAAUUAGGCAGCAAUAUGCAAUGUCAAUCUGCAGUUGCUAAGGCCAGUAAGAUUUUGUCAUAUAUAAAUAGGGGCAUAAAUUCUCGGGAUGAAAUUUUUUUUUAUUUUUUGCCUCUUUAUAAAUCGCUGGUAAGACCACACCUUGAAUAUGCUGUGCAAUUUUGGGCGCCUGUUCUAAAAAAGGGAUAUCAUGGCACUGGAGAGGGUCCAGAGACGAGCUACAAAAUUGAUAAAAGGAAUGGAGCAUUUUAGUUAUGAAGAAAGGUUAAAAAGAUUAAAUCUGUUUAGUUUGGAAAAACGGCGCCUGAGAGGGGAUAUGAUAACGUUAUACAAAUAUAUUCGGGGCCAGUACAUACCAUUAUCUGGAAAUCUAUUCAUAAACAGGGCUAUACAAAGGACACGAGGUCACACAUUUAGGCUGGAAGAAAGGAGAUUUCAUCUAAGGCAAAGAAAAGGUUUUUUUACAGUAAGAACAAUAAGGAUAUGGAAUUCUCUGCCUGAAGAGGUGGUUUUGUCAGAGUCCAUACAGAUGUUUAAACUGAAAUUGGAUAAAUACUUGCUAAAACAUAACAUACAGGGAUAUAAUUUCUAAUUAGUGGGGUAAUAGCUGCUUGAUCCCAGGAGACAUCUGACUGCUAUUUUGGGGUCAAGAAGGAAUUUUUUCCUAGUUUGUGGCAAAAUUGGAAGCGCUUCAGCCCAGGUUUUGUGCCUUCUUUUGGAUCAACAGCAACAUUUGUGAGGAAGGCUGAACUUGAUGGACGCAAGUCUCUUUUCAGCUAUGUAACUAUGUAACUAUGUAACAAAAAUUUGGGUAAAUAGGCAAGUCCUGGGAUGAUGGGUGGCGUUAGAAUAUAACGCACCCUUCCCUUGCUGUCCUCUCUCACCAUUAUUCACCAUAUGUAAAUACAGUGACUAUAGGUGUCCAGGCAUCCUUGGAUCCUAGCGGCCAGAUAAGGAAGGGGGUGAGAGGCAGAAAAGUUCCACUUUUGCCCUUGACAACUGAAGUUCUGGAAAAUAGCAAUUGAUUGUUAAAGAAUAGAUGGGUUUAUAUUUUGAUUUUCUUAUGUCUCUACAUGAUCCACUUCAGUUUGGAUUCAGUGCUCAUCACUCUGUUGAAACAGACCUGACCAAAGUAUCCACUGAUUUAAAUAAUGCUAAAUGCAGGAGUCGCUGCUUUCUCCUAAUUCUCUUUCAGCUUUCUGCUGCCUUCAACACUGUUGAUCAUCAACAAUUUCUUCUCAUCCUCUGUAAUGUCAGUCUCUGUUGGUGCUCCUCCUACUUCUCCCAGCGCUCUUUCAAUAUUUCUUUCUCUAGCUAUAUUUCUUCCCCGCAACCCCUCGCUGUUGGUGUUCCCCAAGGUUCUGUCCUUGGUCCCCUAUUGUUUUCAAUCUAUACUGUCCUUGGUAAAUUCAUCAGCUCCUUUGGCUUCUAAUAUCACUUCUACACAAAUGACACGCAAAUCUAUCUAUCCUCUCCUGAUCCCUCACCGUCCCUCUUUUUACAUUUUUUAAAGAUUAUUGAGGAUAUCAAUAUGUAACAUCAAAUAUGUAAUUCGAUUUUAUACAAAGUAUCAAGAAAUAGCAUAAUUGUUGAUGGUACAAUACAAGAAAGGAAUAAAAAACAACAUUAGAAAUAGUUGCAAUAAAUCUUCCCAGGCAAUACCCAGUAUGACAUAGUGUCUUAAGACCAAAAGACCAGAAACGACUCUGCCAAGUGCUACCCUCUUGUCCACUUUUGAUCGCAUAGUAGAAGUUUUGGGGAGGGGAGAUUUUAUGCAUAGUGAGUCGUAACCUAUUUGCACAAAGCAGGUGGUCACUGUGAAGAGGUUAUAGGAAUCCGUCUGGUAUUACUUGUGGACCAGGAGGCCAUUCAAGGUCUCGCACUGCCAGGAGAUAGGAGGAGCCUGAUUGGCAUUAGCAUGUCUGGGAAAGUCCUUAUUGUGUCCCCUGCCAUGUAUGAUAGUAAAUGUCCCAAAUGGUAAUAUUGCGAACAAGGUUGGUGUAACCAAUGUGGUGGGGAUCUUGAGUGGGAUUAGAGAAUAGUGGUUGGAUGGAUGGGAAAGUGUUAUAUAGCUCUUUCAGUGGUUUGUGGUUUGUCUGAGGAAUUUCAGCCAUGUUUCCCAGACUUUGCCAUAGAGUACGUAUUUGUGGGUAAGUGAGUGGUGGAGUUCUUCUAUUACCCUCAGGUAUUCUGCUCUUUGAAUCCAUUCUCUCAAAGAUGGGGUCAAUGUAUUUUUCCAUUAAGUAGGGAUAAGCAAAUUAGCCGCUGCAAGAAGGUGGUUUAUGAGAGUGUGUCUUGGCUUAGGGAUGGGAAAAGAAUAAAGGAAGAACAACAAGGAUCGCCAUCCCUCUUUGUGUCUCUGACUGCCUCUUUGCUCUUAUUGUCUUUCUUCCCUCAAGAGUUGCUGCUCCUGUGCCUGUCUCCCUCCAAAGAAUGGCACUAACAUCAGCUCUACCUCAAAGGCUCGCUGCGUACGUAUUCUCUUUAACUCCAACCUCUUCUCACCCCUUAUGUCCAGCCGAUCGCCAAAUCCUGCUGCUUCCAUCUACAAAAACACAGCGCACAUCAGGACAUAUUUAACAUCUUGACUACUGCAAUCCACUUCUCAUUGGUCUUAUGCAUUCCAAGCCUGGCCCGUUACAGUCUAUAAUGAAUGUGGUGGCAAGGCUCAUCUUCCUGUCUGCAUGCACUUACCAAACCUUUCCCCUCUGUCAGUCCAGUUUCCCGUAAGAUAUAGAGUACCAUUUAAAAAUCCGGUACUUUCUUACAAAUAUUGAUAUAAUGCUGCAAAUACCUACCACCCUCACUAAUACACAACUAUGUCCCCUUGACACCCCUAAACCUGUAUCUAUCCCCUGUUUGUGCAUGUACCUCUGAUGCUCACCUCAAGAUUUCUGUAGGGCUGCACCGAUCCUCCGGAACGCCCUCCCUUGCUCUGUCAGACUCUCACCCAGUCUCCAUUCCUUCAAAAACUCAGUUCAUUAGGAAAACAUAUCAAUUAAACAGUUAAUUAAUAGCUGUCCCUCUCCACACUUUGGUAACCCACCUUGUGUCCCCUCCUGCAACUGUGUCAUCCAAAAAACUAAGCCUUGAUUGUAAACUAUUCUAGCAACCUACUUCUCUGGUACAGUAAAUAUAUAUAUAAGCUCGUUUGAUCAGGCUCCCCAACACCCUCUGCACCCAGCUUGUUUUAUUACAAAUACUUUUCUGUUAGUCCUCCCAUUGAAUUUGUUGGCACUUUACAAAUAAUAAUAAUAAUGGUGAAUUGUAAUAAAUUGAAAACCAGGUUGCAAUAUCUAGUCUAAACUAGCCACGCUAUGCCUCUAGCUCAGUUAAAGAAUGAUUCUGGGUUCGCUAGGUUUUCUCAAAGUUUUACAAUUCAGUUUUUACAUUCACUUCAAUUCACUGUGUAGUUUAUAAAUCUCUUUAGGGUCUGUUCACUAAACAAUGUAUUGAGUGGUAUUGAAACCUGAAAUGGAAAAUAAAGUAAAAUAUUUAAAAAAGUAAAUUUGAAAAAAAAAAUAUAUAUAUAUAUAUAGUUGAUUUAGACAAUUUCAAACAAAUUACUUGCAAAUGACUAUAUAUGCUGAAGCUGAAUAAAUACUUUGGAGUGUCAUUAUGCUGUUGUAGUAAAAGCAGGGUGUACCUCCAAGGUCGUUGAGGUUGCUAAAUCUCCAUGUGAGCAAUCUCCCUCCUUCUUUAGUACAUAUGAGAUUUCUCUGACUGGAGUUUAAGCUCUAUAACAGGGAAGUUGGACAUCCCAGCUCUAUCACUCAUCCUCUGGCAUUAAGCAUGGCCCAAUGAACAUUAUGCAUAAUUUUCUCUGCUUCAGUUCAGUCUCCACUGCUGUAUGCAGAACCAUGCUCGUCCCUUCCUCUACCUUUCUGCACUGCGGGCACAAUUAUCUGGGUAGAUGGAAGCACUGAUCUUUACUGACAUGCCCCUCGGAUCAGCCAAUGCAUCCAAUGAGUUCUGGGAAUGGGUAGUGAAGAUGCGAAGGAGACUUGUUCCAUGACAUAUGUAAUUUAUACUGGCACGGGGAGCCUGCUAGCUGGAAGCGGGGACGAGCCACUCCCUUAACCUCUUCAAUGACAGGUGAACAAGGCACACGUUCAGCCUUCGGAAAGAAUGAGCUGGGAAAUAGUCUCUGGGGUAACGAGACGAGACUGCAAAACUCAGGUGUCAAGUGCUUGACUGUAAAUAAUCCUUGUGAGUACAGUAGAUUCUAACAAUCCAUAUAAUAUAACAGAGAUAAUAAUAAAUCAAACUUCUCAAGCCACGACCAUUUUGAAUUUGGCAUUGCCUUCCCAGUUUAGAAUCCACAGCAUUCUGGGUUAUUUUACCUGUACCCUGCUACUCCAGGACAUGUUUGGCCGGUGGUUGCAAAGAAUUCUGUGUUUAACAACUGCAAGUACAGCAGGCAUGCUGGCUGGCAAAAUGUCCGAUAUGUACUAGACAGCCAGUUCGCCAUGUUGGAAGGUAUGAUAUCAUGUCAUAAAUAGAGAUGUCGGGAACCGUCCGGUCAGCUGACACAUCCCGGCCAAUUUCCAGCAGACCCUCCCAGACCCUCCUACUUCCUGGACAGCAUCCAUGUCAACAUGGAUGCUGUCCAGGAAGUAGGAGGGUUCUGGGAUCCUCACCCUGAUGCAUCACUCCAUCAACACGUGGGUGACAAUACCUCUGUAAGUUUAGAAAGCAUCCCUUUCCCUGGGAGACCUUUCCCACCUCUUUAGAACAAUGCAAAGUCCUGGAAGAAUGUUUUAUGCCUGAAGCAUACACAGUCAGGGCCGGCCUUAGGGGUGUGCGAGCUGUGCGGCCGCACAGGGCGCCAUGGCAACAGGGGCGCCGGGCGGCUGACACAUCUCGCACUCAGUCACUCACAGUUCGGCCCGAGUCAUGUACAGAGCAAGUCAAGUGCAUAAUGCUGUGCACUUGACUUGCAAAUUAUGAAGAGAGCAGCGGCCGGGAGAGAAAGUAGGUCAAGAGCACGGAGGAAGAGCGUGCUCCGCCUCCACAGUCAUUCGCGGAAGGAUCCGCACAGUCAGUUUGAGGGAGGUGGUCAGUGCUUUGGUAUCAAGGUCGGCAAACUGGGACACUGUCAGGAGGGGCCAGGGAGCAGCAAGCUUCAAUGUGAGUCUGCUCAUUCUUGUUAUAACUAUUGCAUUUUUUUAUCAAAUAGAUUUUUUUUUGUUUUUUUUUAAGGGUGGCAGGUGUUUUUGUGUGUGGGGGGGGGAUUUGCAGAAGGGAGAGCAGAGGUUUUCUAGCUGGGAUUUUGGGACAGGGGUUUUGGUUUAUGGAGGAGCAGAGGUUUUAUAGAAGGGGUUAGGGGUUUUGUAAAAUAGGGGGUAGAGGUUUUGGUGUAGGGGAGAGGUUUUGUAGAAGAGGGGGCAAGCAUUUCUGGUGAAGUGGCAGAGGAAAGAAUUUUGUGGAGGGGGCAUGGGUUUUGUUGAAGAGGGGGCAGGGGGUUUGUAGAGGGGGCAGGAGUUUAGUAUAAGGGAGGCAGGAGUAUAGUAUAAGGGGGACUGGGGUUUAGUAUAAGGGGAGCAGGGGUUUAGUAUACGGGGGUCAGGUGUUUAGUAUAAGGGGGCAGGAGUUUAGUAUAAGGGGCAGGGGUUUAGUAUAAGGGAGCAGGGGGUUUAGUAUAAGGGAGCAGGGGUUUAGUAUUUGGGGAGCAGGGGUUUAGUAUAAGGAGAGCAGAGGUUUAGUAGAAGGGGAGCAGGGGUUUAUGUAGAAGGGGAGCAGGAGUUUAGUAUAAGGGGAGCAGGAGUUUAGUAUAAGGGAGCAGGGGUUUAGUAUACGGGGAGCAGGAGUUUAGUAUAAGGGGAGCAGGGGUUUAGUAUAAGGAGAGCAGAGGUUUAGUAUAAGGAGAGCAGAGGUUUAUGUAGAAGGGGAGCAGGGGUUUAGUAUAAAGGAGCAGGGGUUUAGUAUAAGGGGAGCAGGAGUUUAGUAUAAGGAAGCAGGAGUUUAGUUUAAGGGGCAGGGGUUUAGUAUAAGGGGAGCAUGGGCUUACUAUAAGGGGGAAGAGGUUUAGUAUAAGGGAGCAGGGGUUUAGUAUAAGGGGAGCAGAGGUUUAUAUAGAAGGGGAGCAGGGGUUUAGUAUAAGGGGAGCAGAGGUUUAUAUAGAAGGGGAGCAGAGGUUAGUAUAAGGGAGCAGAGGUUUAUGUAGAAGGGGAGCAGGGGUUUAGUAUAAAGGAGCAGGGGUUUAGUAUAAGGGGAGCAGAGGUUUAUAUAGAAGGGGAGCAGGGGUUUAGUAUAAGAGGAGCAGAGGUUUAAAUAGAAGGGGAGCAGAGGUUUAGUAUAAGGGAGCAGAGGUUUAGUAUAAGGGAGCAGAGGUUUAUGUAGAAGGAGAGCAGAGGUUUAUGUAGAAUGAGUGCAGGGCUUUUGUAGAGGGUGGCAGUGGUUUUGGUGGAGGGGGAAGGUUUUUAGUGAUAUUAUGUGUACAUUACUGUAUAGUAGAUAUAUAUAAUGAUAGCAUGUGUUUUGUUAAAGGAGGAGAAGGAAUUUUGUAGAACGGUGGGCAGGGGUUUUAUUAAAGGGGGAGCAGGGUUUUUGUAGAAGGGGCAGGGGUUUUAUUAAAGGGAGGCAGAGUUUUUGUAGAAAGGGGGGCAGGGGUUUUGUGGAAGGGUUUUGUAGUAGGCGGAACAGGGCUAUUGUUGAAGGGGCAAGGGUUUUGCUGCAGGGGGGGCGCCACGUGUUGGGUUCGCACAGGGCGCCUGAUUACCUAAGGCCGGCCCUGUACACAGUUACAUGGGACGAAAGGCCAGAAGGAAAUUUGUACUAAGCACCUGUCCGAAAUUUCUUCCGCCUCCCCAAUGCCAGAGGAGUUGUGUUUUUGCUUUGCUGCAGUAAAAAACAGUUUCAAACCAAGAAGUAAGUCUAUUUUUUGCUUAAAUAAAUACUGGCUGCUGGCUGGGAUCCCUUUGCUUUUGACAGGCUUUGUGAAAUGAAAUACCAUUUGCUUCAGUAUCUAUGCUCUGUGAUGCCACGUACCUUUACAUGUUGUCCACACAGCAUUAUGGGAUACUACUGAUUUGCAUUUUAUGCCAGACUGUGCCUUGACAGACAAACGCAUGCUAUACAAAGAAAAAUUAGAAAAAUAUUUAGCAAAACAAACAAAUAAAAUGCACAACUUACAGUUAUAUUUUAAAACAAUGUAAACACUCAUACAAAUUACAAGCCACGUGCUAAUCAUAAUAUGAAACUUGUGUAACAGAGACAAGUACAAUUUCCUGUCUAACAAUUACAUCAUAUGCUAGAUUUCCAUAUGAAAGAACCCAGAAGUGUAAUACAGAUCAGAUUGGAAUCCCACUAUGCAGUUGUCCAGGAGUAUUUGGUUUGGUAUCAGUAGCAAUAGGCUACAACGAAAUAAUGAAAUCCAUAUAAUUUUAACAAAUAAGGCUCCAACCACAAUAUGGCUAUGAUUUCAUAUUUUUGAAUAAGCUUUUGAAAUUAUCCCAAUCUGUUAGAAAAACAUUUCAAAUGACUUGCAGGCUAUUCUCGCUAGCCAAAGCAUUGUGUAGUUUCGAGCCACUCCAACACUCGACAUGUGUGAAGGUAGUGGGGACAGUGUAGGAGGGUACCCUUUUACUUACGAUAACUUACCCAUAAUAACUUGACGGAAGACGGAAGUGGUGACAACAGGCCACAGCUUUAUUUAAAACAAUAAACAUUAUCAACAUAACAUAUUAAUAUAAUAUAUCCAAUAACAGUAACUUUAUCACUGGAUACUUGCCAACCCUUUACCUUAACAUCGGCGCUUGCCUCCCCCCCUCGUCCUUGCACCACAACUGACCUUCCAACUGGCCUUCCAAUACCAUCCAUGCUAACCACUGGCUUUGGCUCAAUGGGCACGUCCUUUACCCAUACCUUAAACCCGAGGUUAGGGGAGGGAUCAGCCCUGAACCUUUUCCACUGGACCGCUGGUCCAACCCUGAUUGGCAAGGACCUUCAUCCGCCUGCAGUGACAAGAAAAGAAAAUUAGCACAUACAGAGAACACCCGAACAGAAACAUAACAAGGGAGGCUGGACGGGAAUCUGUUCCCAAGCAGAAUAAUUAAGAUGGCUGGGAGAUGAAAGGAAAUGGCUCCCCUAUAUAUAUAUAUAUAUAUAUAUAUAUAUAUAUAUGGCCACCCCCCUUUUAGCCUAUAGCUCAUCCCCCCACUUACAGGUUCUUUUCCUUCCUUGAACUUUCUACACUCCGCCCCACUCAAACUCGUCAAUGUCCCUGUUCCCAGCUAGCCCUUUGGUCUGCCUCUUCAGGGUCUGGAUGAUAUAUUUACACACAUUAGGAAUAUAGGGCCCGGGCACCAUACACAUGUAUCAGCUGUGCCCCCAAAUGGCGGCCCUGAUCCUGUAUAGCUACCUUUUAUUAAGUGAUUAGGUUGUGCCAAAAUCUUGGGGCCAACACUUUCUUUUCAAGGAAAACCUGAUAUAAUCUAAUGUACUGACUCGAAAUUAGCUGUCAUUCUACAACCAGGUAAACAAUCUUACAAUCUAAGUUUAUACGACAAAUGCCUUCGAUUAUUCUACAGAUCCAUGAUAGGCAAUAUGUAGUUUGUUGUGCUAUAACUUUUCGGCCAGCCUCAGACACACUCCCUUGAUUGCUAGGAUUGUUGCUGAGCAUAAUGGGAAAACGUGAAAGCCCCCGUUCAUUGCGCAGAUCUACAGACAAUUUAUUUAAGCAAAAAAAAAUGCUUCCUCCAUUCAUUCAGUAAAUGUUAGAAACAGCGGAGAAUUCAUCGACAAUAGAAGGUAGUGCAAAUUAACUUUACAGUCAGGCUAAAAAUAAUGAGCAACAAACAAGGACGGGAAUUUUUUGACACUUGAAAAAGACAAAUCUAAUAUUUAUUCAUAAAAUAAUUCUGAGAAUGCCUUCUCUUGAUUACAAAUACCACUUUCACCUUUACGUUUUUUUAUUUUGCUGUCAAGGAUAAAAAGCUAUUUUUUUUUUUUAUAACAAAUCAACAAUUAAUUUAUUUUAUUAUAUUCAAAAUGUGGCCUUUAAUAUAUUGGGCUAAUAUUGAACUGCAUUAUAUUAUACAGCCCUGCCCAAUUGUUUGCAGUGCUCAGAUGGACUGUGAUGUUAGUUCUUUGCUUCCUUGUUAUAUUUAAAAAAGGGGUUAAGAUUAGCCCACAUUUUAUUAUUAUUAUUAUUCACAAUUGUAGAAUGGGGAUAUCUGACAGCAAGUAACAGAGACAAAGAUUAAAAUUACCAGAGACAAGAGAUAAAGCAAGCCCUGCUCAAAUAAAUACAUACAAUAGGUGGAACACACAUCUGACGAUUCUAGAGAAAGAAACAGAAUAUCAUAGUAUAAUACUGUUAAAUAAAAAUAUGAUAGAUGGCAAUAGAGCAAUGUUACUCACAAGCCCAGAGCCAGUAUAACAUAUGGCUCUUAUGUGAAGCGCAGUGGGACUCUUAAUAGGAUGUCCCCAUCCUUCUUCCUAAUGAGCAAAUGAGCUUACAAUCUAAGUAUUUAAAAAGAGCAACAUUAUUAAUUAUACCGGAACAAAGAAGUUCUCCCAGAAGUUGAAAUACCUCUUAUGACACAUCACGUUGCUUUAGUUACUAUCAGUAUAUGGGUAAUUAGCGUCAUGUUGUACAGUAUAUUGAUGAUCACACAUAUUUCCUCACUCCUUUGCCUACCAUGUUACCUCCCCUUCUCCCAUGUUACCUCCCCUUCUCCAAUGUUAUCUCCACUUCUCCCACGUUAUCUCCGCUUCUCCCACGUUAUCUCCCCUUUUCCCAUGUUAUCUCCCAUUCUCCCAUGUUACCUCCCCCUUACAGUAAUUGCGGCUGUAAUGUGGGUGGGAUUGGGGCUGUAAUGAGGCAGGGAUAAGGGGCUGCACUGUGUCUGGUGGGUGGGGACUGUACUUUAUCUUUGGGAGAUAAGGGCUGUAAUAUGGGAGAUUGGAGUUGUACUGUGUCCAGAUAUAUGGGCUAUACUAUGUUUGUGGUGGACAGAGUGUUUACUGUGGGGGUAAAGGGGCUGCAAUGUGGGUGGUAAGGGGCUGUAUUGUAGGGUAGAGGGGACAGCACUGUGGGCGGGUAAGGAGCUGUACAGUGGGGUUGUAAGGGGCUGCAGAGUGGGGAGGUAAGGGGGUGCACAGUGGGGGGGGAGGUAGGAACUGCACAGUAGGAGUUGGGGAGGUUACUUAAAAUAUUAAAAUACAGUAAUAGUUAUAUUAAUUUGUUGAGUCCCUUUGGCCAGUGAGGGGGGAACACUGGUGGUCCUCGUGUGGCUGUUGCAAAAGUAUCAGUGUUGUCGUGGUAACCCAUGACAACGCUCUGAUCAUCUGGGAGCUGUUCACUGCAUGUUCCCCGACAGUACAAAGGACUGGCCAGUGAGGGAGAUUCAUGAUCUCCCUACUGGACGCAGAAACCACUUUUAGCACUCAACCUUGGAGGAGCCAGCAGGGAGAUUACAUGAUGCCAAUCACGGCCCACUGGCCAGUUUGCCUGAUGGCCAGACCGGGCCUGCUCCCAAGUGUCCCUAUUUAGGAGGGACAAUCCCUAUUUUUGGUAUAAAUCCCUCUGUUCCUCUUUUCUAUCUUAAUAUUCCUCUUUUCUAGAAGCUAUUGUUGGUGGGUCUGAGUGUACAACAGAGCUCCACGGCAAUAAUACUCCCAGUAAUGUGUCUUUAAACUACAAUAAAUGUGUUUAGAAAUCAGUCUGUGUAAAUAAGAUACAUUGUUUUUGUUCUAAAUAACAUUUUAGUUCCACGAAUUAUUAGUAAGUCACCUAAAAUACCCCACCCACAACCCUGAAAUAAAAGUGUCCCCCUUUGUUUAUUUUAAAUGUUGUCAGUAUGACAUUGUGUUGGUCACACAGAACCAAUUAUCCAAACAGUCCCAUGUUGCGUGUGACAGUCCCAGAUUCAGGAUACUGUCUUAAUAUCCUGCUAAUGCUGUGUAAACUGCACGCAGGGCAUCAUCCCUCACUGGGGUUGGCCAGAGCAGCUGUCAGUCAGUCCAGCUGUCAGACAUUUUAUCAGAUGUUUUGGGAAAUGGUUCUAUGCUCAUUGAUAUACCAGGUAAAUUGGUAGCAGGUGAAGCUGGAGAUUGUUCUAGAUCUGCUGUAAAUGUUGUCUGGAAAACCUCAAAUGCAAUGGCGAAGGGGUGGUCAAUGGGUAGAUCAUCCAUUGUUGUCCAUCUAGAUAUCCCAUGAUGCUUUGCCCGCCAGGUUUUCGGUUUACUUUUUGGAUAUCUCUGGCGUAUAGGCCAUAAAAUAUACUGAACUACUUAUUUACUGCAGAGCGUGAAAAGAAUUCCUCCUUAUCAAUGUCUCCACUUCUCUAAUACUUUUUAAGCCUUCUCUGUGUGUCGCAAGCAGUGAAGGGAUAAGGAAAAUGACUGUAUUAGUCAUAUUUUCUGUUUUAGAAAUGAGAUUAAGACUCGGUUAGAGAAUGUACACACAUCAUGAUAUUCUACAAACAUAUGGGGAGGACUCCAGUAUUCCGUCUGGGUCAUUUCAUUUGCCCUUCCCUACAGCAAAAAAUUGAUUUUAAUUCUGUCCCUCACACACAGUGGAAGGUACACGAGUAUAUUCUCUCUAAUCUGGGUGCAUUCAAGUGUGUUAACCAUUGGUGUCCCAGAGAACGCGAGCUGUGAUCAAUGGGAGCACUCUGUGAUAGAAAGCUUGAUGUGGACACACUUGGUGAUGAUCUCUAAAUUCACGGCUUCAGAUUUAGGUCACACGUAUUUAUAGGACAUUGUACAACCACGUCACCUCUGGUUCCCAAUGCUUAUAGCCUUAAAAAUUGGUUAAAUGAAACGGGAAAUAAAUAAAAUCAUAAAGUCAAUAAUUGGUACCCUAUUAAUAAACAGCCGCAGGCCUAAUUUUAAGGUAAAAGAAGCAAAAUGUCACAAAUGUAUCUGUUUCUGGCAUCAUGCUGUUCCUUUCAGCUUGUGCAGCCACACUGCUCCUUUCCGCCGGUCGCGCAGCCCGAACACUCUACAUGGCCAUGCAACCUGAGCAGCGAAUACUUACCAUUCGGUCUGACAAACAGCUCCCUCCGCUGGCUUGCGGGGGCCGAAAUUCUUUUUUUUUUUUUUCUUGCAUUAUAAUAGACCCUGCCCGUUUUAUUGGCGUCUUUUAUCGUUCGAGUGCUGUGACGUCACGCCAGCCCUUUAAGUGGCCACAUCAUCCACGCGACGCCAUUAUCAAUUAUUUUGGAGUCGCAGAGAUGACGUGGACCAAUCAAAAUUAAUGUUAGCAUAUAUAAAGCUAAUUUGGGCCCUUGUUCCUCGCCCUAUCAUGGUUUCUGUCCGGAUACAUGUUAGUGUUCAUAGUAACUCUCUCUUGUUACCUGGCUUGUUAUUCCAUUUAUCUGUAUUUCUAUAUCCCUGACAUAGGCUAUUCCUGACUCUGUCUUUAUCUGUAUUAAUGUUAAGUCUCUUUAAGGCCUGGUUAUAUGUCUUUCUAGUAUCUCUGUUUGUGGGAUUCGCCGUUCCUGUAAGUUGGGAUACGACCCCGUGAAAGUUGGUUCAAGUGCAGUGAAACUUAAUAUUUUUGGCUGUCACAAAAGUCAUCCAUAGUUCAUCCUUGUGAACUUGCUGGAUCCAUUCAUUCUCUGUCCCUUGCUAAAUUUCAUUGGUAAAGCCAUUAAGGGCUACCAUGGGCAUAGCAACUCAUUUGAUAAUCAGUUGCUGUUAUCAGUUGCUGUUAUCUCCCCCUAUCGAGAUCUGCUCCAGCCACGUCCAUGUUGAAUUUUUAAGUGCUAAUGGGAAAAGGUUUCUGUACCUUCCUAAUGUCUUGGGAAAUAAUAAAGUAACUUCUUAAUCAAUGGGGGAAAUUAUUCUGUCAUUUUCUUCAACCAUAGGGUAAAGGAUCUGAGAUUCUCAUAAACUGAGAAUAACAAAGAUUCCGUUAGUCUCCCAGCUGAAUGGAAAUGGUUACAUAGCUCUCCUAAACCAAGGAAAAUUCUAAAUUGGUCUCUUUAACUAACUAAAUGGAAGAGAGUUUCCCAUAAUGCAUGUAUUGCAGAUCUGUAUUCCCUGUUUGCGAUAAGGAGCAUAUGACAUGACAUCCUUCAGCCAUACACAUGUAGCUUUGGUUCGACAGUGUUUGAAAACUGAUAGUUAGUCUCUAUGGUCUUCCCAGCUUCACUCCCUGCCCAGAAGCCAGGAAGACCAUAGAGACUAAUUUUUAGUUUUCAAACACUGUCUGACCCAAGGUGUAUGUAUAUGUCCUUAAGGAUCCUGUCAUAUACUAAAGGUAGGGAUGAGUUUUUUUAAAAUUUGUUUACAUAUACUUAUUUUAAACAAAUAUCUAUUUCAUUUUCAAAACUUCAUGACAGGAUUAUUAUAUAUAAAAAAAAUGUGUGAUGACAGUUGUCCUUUAAUUCACUAAACUAGGAAUUGUGGAAAAAUGAAAAGAGACUUCAAAAUUUAGACCAAAAUAUCAAAAAUUAAAAAAAAAAAGUACUAUUUAUUGAAAAUGUUCUGUGUUUGCAACCCCCCUCCCCUCCCCCCAAAAAAUAAAAUAAUGGUAACGUCCAGAGGCUUACAGUGUACCCACACUUCUAAUCAGCCCAUACAAAGGACACAAAUCUAGCAUUAUACGUCAGUAAAUGGUUAAAGUGAGGAUUACUCUUGUUUUUUAUAUGUCUUCCUUAACGCCUUGCAGGGAGAUUUUAAAUCUGUAAUAUUUUUGGCAUCAUUGCUGCUUUUUUGUUAAACGUUUAUCUUUCCCCCACAGGAGCUUUCCGGGGAAUGUGCAAGAAAAUUGAUCACUUCCCGGAGGACGCGGAUUAUGAGCAAGACACGGCGGAGUAUUUACUGCGUAAGGACAUUGUUACCACAAAUUAUCAUGCUGUCUGACCUUCAUCCUCAAUAUGGCACACUGUGACUAUGUAAAACAAUGUAAAAAGACAAUCUUGUAAUAUUAACAAUUUUAAAAACAGUUGCGGUUAGAAAGGAAACGUUGCCAAAGUUAACAAUCUGAUUAACUAGAGGGAUUGUCGUAGAGCACACACUGUAUCGGAAAAGGCCACAAUUAAUUUUAUUGAUGCAGCGGCAACAAAUUAUGUAGCACGGUACAAUAACCUUUACAAAUGUAAGAAAUUGGUACGACUGAGCCGUGUGUUGAGCAAUAGUUGGUAUUUUUUUUUCAAUCUUUGUUUUAUUAAGAUGGUAUCAUGAAAGAGAAAAUAAUCAAAAUGACAUCAGAGUUCGACUGCUUGACACAAUAAUGAGAUACACAAUUCCAGUCAUAGACAUUUCUGGGUGACAACAUCUAAUUUCUUUUUGUUUUUUUUUAAAUAAAUAAAAUCACUAUAUGUAAAUGCCAUGUCUACACUGGGACAGAGGUUAAACUUGCAGAUGGUUAGGUAGACAUGGUGGUUGCAAUGAAAUAAGUGGUCAAGAGUUAGUUUAAUACUAGAUACUUAACUAACAUGCUGAGUGUAGCGGAGCUGCAAUAUUAAAAUCAGUUUCCACGAACACAGCCGAAACACCACCGGGGUAAAGUUUUGACCGACCUCACAUGAGGCUCCUGCCCAAAAUAGUUCCAUAGAAUCCGGGGUUGCGGUCAGUCUCUUUUGGGGGCACGAAAACGCACAAAAUACGGAACGGAUGCUUCAACCUGUAUUCUAUUUGUGUGCCCCUCAUUCAUGGGAAUGAUUCCACUGAACAGUGUUCUUCUCAGAUGUAUAGAAACAAAUGCAGGCGAUGAUGGAAGUUCAGCGGUGUUCGCGAGGUCGAGUGUCCGAUUUUAGUUCCAUGCACUCGAUGACCAAACACUGCUGCCUGCAUGCACGGGAACAAGAUGGCCUCCACCAUGUGUUCGUACAUAUGAACGACGGCCACCCAUCCGACCGUUUAGGCUGAGGUGUGAACCAUUAUUGGAGUGUUACUAGGGGUGAUGGAGGUUAACAAGCAUACGGGUGGUAGGGAUUUUUUGUGGUUUUGUUCGGUUGUUGAACAAAAUAAGGAUCAAAACUAGCUGAAUGAGGUUUUACCGAACAAACCAGGGAAUCAUAGGGGAACAUAGUAGUCCAGUGACCUGGGGGUUUGUCACACUCAUAGGAACAUGGGUUAAUUCCGCCACACUGAGUAUACCACUGGGACUUAGUGUUUAAGACUCUGCAUGCACAAAAGGAAUAUCACAUUAAUAUAAAAUAAGGGUAAUAAAGGUUACAAAAGCGGUAAGUGAUUUAUCAACAAGGACUCUCACAUGGUUUGCACAUCGCAAACCAACCACAGUCAGCCAAUACCUAAACUUGGCAGAGUAACCGCAGGAGCAUGUAGGCUGCAGAGGGUAAAGUGAGUGAUUUAGGCGGGAUGAGGUCCUCCUCCAGCCCCAUGCCUGUGUGGAAGGCGGCAUCUGUUGACCACAGACUCGAAGGCUCUGUGAGUCCAAGUCUUCCCUACAUUGGGUGCAGCAAGAGACCCAGGUGUUUUUCUGCCGCCAGCGGCAGGCAGUCUUCUAGCAGGGUAGUCAAUGCUUCGGAGGCAGUCUCCUCAGGACCCUCGGCCUAAGUAGGCAAACAGCAUAGGGAGCUAGUGUAGGAGUAGGGGAUUUGCCCGAAAGAGGCCAUCUCAGCACCCCAUCCCCAACUUUCUUCACCUCCCUCACAGUGUGGGUUGGUGUUGGAGCCAUGCGCUUCUCUAGCAUUGCCCAGAAGCAUUGAAAGAUCGAGUGAGCACUCCACCAUAUUGCAGCAGCCUCCGCAGGACUGCCUUGAUGUAAACUCCAGUGAUGGAGGUAUGUCUGCCAUUUUGCCAGGAUUGCCGCCUGCGACGCAUCAACUGCAGUAAGUUACUGGAACCAAGAGAGGUACGUAAAUCAAGCCAGUGGGAACCGGGAUAACCCUCACCGGUCCAAAGGGGGAAACAGGGAGGGCAAGAUGAUCCAUCAAGGAGCUGCACCAGGCAAUCGGUAAGUAGGUAAGGAGGCAGUCGUCAACCUCACCCAUUGCUCGAGUAGAUAAAGCUCCGGAUGCUCAAUCUUCCACAAGGGCUUCACAGUGUCCAGACCAGGGUUCUCUAGCCUUAGCAGUAGGUACUUAGGUUACAGCUGUCAGUUUUUUCUUAUUUGGAGCUUAAUAAGUAAAAUCUGGCAAGAAUCUGGCAAUGAAACGUAAAUAACACGAAAUGCUGCAGGUGGUCCUGCUUUCAGGUCUUGGAUUUUCUACAUUUCUAUUUAUUUACCUUUCAUUAUAUUUUUAGUUUAUAUGCUUGGACCAUUAUAGCAUACACGAGGACUGCUGUCUCAGUCUAAUGCCAUGUGUGCUUUUUUUUAAAAUUGAAAUAAAUGCAUUUUUCUACGAUUUAUUCCUUGUAUACUGUUUGAGGUGAGUGCAGAUCAAAACCUUUUCUUUUUUGUGAAGUAUUCUUUGACUAUUGUUUGACUACUGGGAGGAUUCCAGCACCGACAGGGUAACCCUGAUAUACAUCUACUGAAGUGUGUUAAGGAUACCUUCAACUAAACAGAUAAAUUUGUUUUUUUGGAACUGCUGCAACUCUUUUCUUGAAUCAUGAAUUUUACCUCACUCACUCUUUUGACUUGUAACAGAUUCUGCCUGACAUUGUGAUUCUGUCUGUGACUGUAAUUCUGUCUGUGACUGUGAUUCUGGCUUGGACUGUCAUUGUGAUACUGGCUGUGACUGUGAUUCUGUCUGUCUAUGUGUUUCAGCCCGUCUCUGUGAUUCUGGCUGUGACUGUUCUUCUACCUGUCUCUGUGAUUGUGCCUGCACCCCUCACACACACUGCACCCCAUUCACAGACACUGCAUCCCUCACACACACUGCGCCCCUCACACACACAUUGCACCCCUCACACACACUGCACCCAUACACAGACACUGUAUCCCUCACACACACUGCGCCCCUCACACACACAUUGCACCCCUCACACACACUGCACCCAUACACAGACACUGUAUCCCUCACACACACUGCACUCCUCACACACACAUUGCACCUCUCACACGCACAGCACCCCUCACACUCAUUGCAACCCUCACACACACUAAACCCCUCACAUGCACUGCACCCCUCAUACACACUGCACCCCAGACACUGCAUCCCUCACACACACUGCACCCCACACACAAACACUAAAUUCCUCACACACACACACACACACACACACUCUACUACUCCUAUACCCUACUACAGGAAAUAUCUCGGCAGACUCCAGGUAAGUUGUCAAACUGUUCUUAAACAGUUUGACUACUUACUCUGGGAGGGUGCCACGGCACUCUUGGCACCAUACCCACUAAAGAGGGCUGUAUUGCCUGGGUUGUUCCUUUAAAUAAUCUACCAGUGCCGCUCGCAAGAUUAGGUUCUGGAUCCGCCACUGAUUGUGAUUCUGUAUAAACGGCUGUCACUGUGAUUUUGGCUAUCUCUUGGUCACUUGUUGUCACUGUGAUUGUGGCUAUGACCAGGGCCGUCUUUAAGGAGGGGCAAAAGGGGCAGCUGCCCCGGGCCCAUGGGACCCCUGCAGCACCUGAGGUAAUCAGGGGCGACAGCCCUUUAAUACUGCUCUGGACCGGGCCCUUGUAAUAUGGGGGUUGGCUGAAUACAAACACACAGCUAGCCCCUCACACACUGCCCUGUGAUCCCUUUUCUUCUCCGUGGCAUGCUGGGAGGCAGUGAGGUCAGAUCACUUCCUCCUAAGUGCCGCUGGGGAGGAGGCACACACCACACGGAGGAGGAUGCAAGCAUUGUUGGGGAGAGGGACUGAGAAAGCUGAUGGCAGACUCCCAUCAUCAUGGGCCAACAAGCUCCCACUGGACCCCAGGGAAGCCACCUUUCUGUACCCAAAAGGUAAGGAGACAGGAGGAUGUUAAAAAUCCUAGAAGAACCUGACAGUUCCCUAUUAAAUAUACAUUUUAAAAGUAUUUAUUUUAACAUAUUAUUGCAUCAAGUGUUAUCAAAGGCUGUAUACCAUUUCCAAAUGUCACUUUUGCCAAAUUCUGGACCAGGGUAUGUAAGAACAGAGUUGAGACAUUAUUAUGGCCAAGGUUGCUGGGAGUUGCUGUCCAAGAGCUGCUAGAAGGCAGAGAUUAAAAUAUGUAAAUGUACACAUAUGUGUGUGUAUCUGGCUGUGUUUAUGUCCUUGUGUGUAUCUGGCUGUGUUUAUGUCCUUGUGUGUAUCCUUGUGUGUAUCUGGCUGUGUUUGUGUCAGUGUUUGUAUCUGGCUGUGUUUGUCUGUGUGUCAGUGUUUCUGUGUGUAUGUAUACCUGUGUAUGUGUACUUGUGUGUCAGUGUGUAUGUGUACCUGUGUGUGUGUGUGUGUUUGUGUGUGUGUGUAUGUAUGUAUGCAUGUGUCAGUGUGUGUAAGUGUGCAUCUGAGCGUGUGGUAAUGCAUACAUCCCAGCAUUUUAAUGCCAACACAAAUACACUCCAUCUCUAGCACUGUACACAUAUACACCCCUGCAGUUAUACCUUUAUGUAUGUGUGUAUCUGAGUGUGUGUGUACAUACCUGUGUCAGUGUGUGUGUGACUGUGAUUCUCCCUGUCAUUGUGAUUCUAUCUGUCACUGUGAUUCUACCUGUCUCUGUGAUUCUGGCUUUUACUUGGUUACAGGCUGUCACUGUGCUGCCAGUAUUGGGAUAUAUGAGAUCAAGAUGCUGGUGGCUAGGGGCAUUACGAGUGAUGCAACUUGUUUGUCUAAUUAAGGGCUCACUAGCUGUCACUGUUUUAAUUGUCAUCAUUUACAUUCUGGCACUCAGUUGGGAAUAGGUUGUCAAUGGACAUUCUCGAGGUCUCUUGGUCACUGGCUGUCAGUGUAUAAACUGCUGUCACUGUGAUUCUGGGUGUCUCUUGGACACUGGUGGUCAGUGUAUAAACUGCUGUCACUGUGAUUCUGGCUGUCUCUUGGUCACUGGCUGUCAGUGUAUAAACUGCUGUCACUGUGAUUCUGGGUGUCUCUUGGACACUGGUGGUCAGUGUAUAAACUGCUGUCACUGUGAUUCUGGCUGUCUCUUGGUCACUGGCUGCCAGUGUAUAAAUUGCUGUCACUGUGAUUCUGGCUAUCUCUUGGUCACUGGCUGUCAGUGUAUAAACUGCUGUCACUGUGAUUCUGGGUGUCUCUUGGACACUGGUGGUCAGUGUAUAAACUGCUGUCACUGUGAUUCUGGCUGUCUCUUGGUCACUGGCUGCCAGUGUAUAAAUUGCUGUCACUGUGAUUCUGGCUAUCUCUUGGUCACUGGCUGUCAGUGUAUAAACUGCUGUCACUGUGAUUCUGGCUGUCUCUUGGUCACUGGCUGUCAGUGUAUAAACUGCUGUCACUGGGAUCCUGGCUUUUUUCUUGGUCACUGGCUGUCAGUGUAUAAACUGCUGUCACUGUGAUUCUGGCUGUCUCUUGGUCACUGGCUGUCAGUGUAUAAACUGCUGUCACUGUGAUUUUGGCUGUCUCUUGCUCACUGGCUGUCACUAUGCUUCUGGGUGUCUCUUGGUCACUGGAUGUCAGUGUAUAAAUUGCUGUCACUGUGAUUCUGGCUAUCUCUUGGUCACUGGCUGUCGCUAUGAUUCUGGGUGUCGCUUGGUCACUGGCUGUCAGUGUAUAAACUGCUGUCACUGUGAUUUCGGCUAUCUCUUGAUCAUUGGCUGUCACUGUAAUUCUGGCUGUCGCUUUGUCACUGGCUGUCAGUGUAUAAACUGCUGUCACUGUGAUUCUGGCUGUCUCUUGGACACUGGCUUUCAGUGUAUAAACUGCUGUCACUGUGGUUUUGGCUGUCUCUUGGUCACUGGCUGUCACUGUGAUUCUGGCUGUCGCUAUGUCACUGGCUGUCAGUGUAUAAACUGAUGUCACUGUGAUUCUGGCUGUCUCUUGAUCACUGGCUGUCAGUGUAUAAACUGCUGUCACUGUGAUUCUGGCUGUCUCUUGGUCACUGGCUGUCAGUGUAUAAACUGCUGUCACUGUGAGUUUGGCUGUCUCUUGAUCACUGGCUGUCAGUGUAUAAACUGCUGUCACUGUGAUUCUGGCUGUCUCUUGGACACUGUCUGUCAGUGUAUAAACUGCUGUCACUGUGGUUUUGGCUGUCUCUUGGUCACUGGCUGUCACUGUGAUUCUGGCUGUCACUAUGUCGCUGGCUGUCAGUGUAUAAACUGCUGUCACUGUGAUUUUGGCUGUCUCUUGGUCACUAGCUGUCACUGUGAUUCUGGCUGUCUCUUCAUCACUGGCUGUCAGUGUAUAAACAGUUGUCACUGUGAUUCUGGCAGUUUGUUGGUCACUGGCAGUCAGUGAGUAAGUGUCUGUCACUGCUCCCUGGUGAUACUACCACAGAUGGCAGGGAUUGCUAAUGCCCUCGAUGUGCAUUAGUUAGGAGAGGCCCAGAGGACCGUCUCAGUAUGUUUUCCUGCACAUCAGUUUCAGCUAUGACAAGGUCCCAGUAAAAACAAGGUCGUAAAAGAACACUACACACAUAAAGAACUUUAGCUUGCUAAAGCAUUUUCAUCUAUUUUCAUUAUACAAAAAAAAUCAGAUUUUAAUAGAAAUUGGCACUUUUAUAAAGUAACAUUGUUACACCCCCCUGUUAUCAGACAACUGGGUCCUGUUACUUCCUGGUUGUUCAGCUCAGUGGAGCUAAACUCAAGAGCCAUGACUUGCCCCGAACACCUGCCUUGCAAAGACAUGUCAUUGAGCUGCAUUGGGUAGUCUGUGAUUGGACAGCCAUGAAAAUCUGGGCGGGGUUAGAAGGUGAGGGUUUGUAAAGGCAGCAGACUUGAGAUCUGUAGCUCUAGCACACUGUUUGUAGAUAUACCCCCAAUGAGAAAAGCGUCAUUAAAUGCAAGUAUGUUUUCACUGGCGGUGUAUCUAACAGUGAUUGUUGUUUAAAUGUAUUUGUAUUUUUUAGGGGAUGGUCCCUUUAAAGGUUCUCCUAUUUGUCCUAAUGAGGAGGCCACCUAUUAAAUAUUGCCUAAAAAAAUACAAGUGGAAGAAAAAAUUAUUAAAGAUCUAAAUAAAGGCCUUUAGGUUUUGUAGAAUUUUGAUAAAAAUUUCUGCUUUUCUAAGAUUUAACUAAUUUCCAAAAUACAUUUUCGACUUUCCAGCGGCGUUCUUGAAUUAUCUGAGUAACCAUGAAUAGUGGGCCUUGUGGGCUGCCGUGUUGAUUUGUUUUAAUGUAUAAUGAGGUAUCGUGUUUGCCAUAUUGAUUUGGGAUAUUGUUACAAUUUUCCUUGAUUUGAUUAUGAAGCGUGCAGCUGGUCAUGCCCACAAAACAUAACCCGCAAGGACAGCUCAAUAACUAAAUGACAUUAUUUAUAUGUGCAAUGAAAUAGAUUGCUUGAAUCUACGUUACUUACAGGAUUAAGUUGUACCUUGACAAAAUGCACAGCAGGAAACAGUGUAUCGUAUGAAGAAAGAAAUUUAUCUUCCCAGUCACUUAAUGGUCAAUAGCUAUUCCCAUUCAAACGUGAGCCAAUCCUGUGCGUUGUAGAAAUAUGCCUUAAGGAAGCUGACUGAUAGGGAAGAGAGGCUUGCUGUGACUCUGUUUAAAUAAAGAUACACAGAUAGUUUGUUACAAUCUACCAGAAGCCUAUGGCAAUUCUGGGGCAGCCGGGACAGUUUCUCAUUUGUUAGGCGACUGAUGUUUCAUUUUUCUGUGAUCGGCCCUUGUCUACCCUGGACACUUUGAAACAUGUUCUCCUGCAGCAGAGAUGAGUCUUUUUAGCAGACGUGAGAUUAUUCAUGUGCAACAAAAUGAAAAUAGCAGAUAGUCACCGGUAUUUUAUUGCACAGCUUGGCAAAGUGAUCUGCUUAUCAAAUCCAGGUGAAGGGUAGGAGAAGGGCUGUGAGUUAUUAUAAUAUGUUUAUUUAUGAAGCACAAAGCGUCAAACAUAUUCCACAGCUCUGCAUAAUGAGCUACGGAAAUAUCUCAGAUAUGUGACUUUAUUUACUUAAUAUGAUUGCGAGGUAGUUUGUGAGAUAUUUUUAGAUAUAUUGGGGGAAAAAAAGAAUGAAUUAGAAAAUAAAAAAUAUUCUUAAAGGGUUACUCCAUGCAUUAUGGUUCCCUGUUGCUAAAUGAUUGGCCCCCUUACCUGGGCCCCAACAGGCUCUGAUGCUCAUUGAUCCAGUGAUGCACUUCUGGCUUCUGUAGCGAUGCAGAAGCCGCGGCGGUCGACAUUCUUGGCUUAGAGCUGUAGCUGACUUCUCUGAGCCAAUGACUGACAUACUGUGGAACAAAACUUGCACAGAAUUGACAUUAGUUCCGGACGGGCCAAUGACACCCCUAUGAUGGUGCCGGAGGUGGAGCAACACCUCCAGCAGCUAAGGAGUUAAUCUCUCUAGUGCAGCUUUUUUUUUUUUUUUUUGACAAUUUUUAUUGUUUUUUUUCUUUCACUUAUUUUUCGUUCCUUGAAGGAAAGAAGCGAAAAAAGAUGAUGUGGGGUACAGAACGUACAGGGCUGUGGGUAAAGACAAAUUCAACAAAUGCAAUACAUUUGAAUUACUUAUGCCAUACAGUUGCAAUACAGUUUUAAUUCAAUUGCGAUACAGAGUUAGUUCAUGUCACCCAGUUCUUAACGGGUUACAUGUGACACAGAUUCCACGUAGUUCUGGAGGAGAUGCCAUGGGGACCCCCUGGGCCACCUUGUUACUCUGCUGGCUUCCCCCUGGUGUAUCCCCACCACCCCCCUCUGAGCCCUAAUCAUCCCUGGUUUGUGAGGGAGAAUGAAUCUGGUGAACCUUGUCCGGAGCUAGGUAUCUGCAUGUUGUGGAAAGGGGUUGUGUGGGUUUGUGGUGGGUGUUUCGGGUUUCAGCAAAACGGGAUUUUGUGCGGUAUAGUGUGCUUAAUAAUCUCAACCAGUGGUCUCCCCUGGGCGAGACUCAGCGAUUAAACCUCCCAUACCCCAUGGAUGAGCGUCUAGGUUAGCUCCAUUCCAUUCGGGUGGCUCACGUCUUUGUACCUGUGACUCUGGAAUGACUUAGCGUCACAAGUCUUAAUGGUGGGCUUGUGUGGUGUUAUUGUUCCAAUGGGCAAGUCGGAGUGUCAGGGUAAGUGGGUGUACUAGGCCUAAGGUAGCCCUUCCAUAACCUCUGCGCUGCCAGGACAUGUUUUCUGGGUGCCAGUUGUUAGUGAGUCAUGGCUUUGUAGUCAAUGUUAGUCAUGAUCUGCUGUUUCAGGGUGUUUGUUGAGGGGGCCUCUGUCGAUUUCCACUCUCUAGCUAUUAACGUAAAGGCUGAGAUAAGGAUGUGGAAAACCAGGAUAGAGUCCAGCCUGCUAAAUUGGCCUAGGGUGAGAAACAAUAUCCCUAGGUCUGGUUUAAGAUUAAGUGUUGUGUUCAGUGUUCCCGCAAUCAUAGCAUCUACUGCUUUCCAAUAUGGUCUGAUGCGUGCACACUGCCACCAGACAUUGCACAUAGUUCCCCUUCAGUGUGGCAUCUCCUGCAAAUAGCCGAGGUAUGGGGAUAUAUCUUUGCUAGUCUAUCAGGCACCAUGUACCAUCUAUAUUGCAAUUUUCUCAUUUGUUCCAAGUGGGAGACACAGGCCAUUCUACCUUUGUGUGCUGUGUAUGCCUCUUGCCACUGCUGAGCGGUGUAGGUGGAGUUGAGGUCCCCAUGCCUUGCUUUGUCUAGGAGUUGUUGGUCCCAGUGUUGAGUAAGUUGUAACUAAGGGAGAUGGUUCUUUUGCAGGUUAUAGCGGAUAGGCAGGCUUUCUAUAUCGUUGUCAUGGGUAGUGUCAUGUGCGCAGAGGCGGCCUGGCCACCCAGGGUGAACAUUAGUUGCAAAUAUGAGAAUAAAGCCCUAUGAGGUAGGUCAAAUUGGGCUUGGAGGUCAGGGAGUUGCAGUAAUCUGCCGUUAGAGAAGAGUUGGUGCAACCAUUGAGCAGUCAUGCCAUGUGGUCAAAGGAGGUGUUGAAUAUGUGGAUGCUGUAUAUCGGAAUGGCUAGUGACCAUGGUUCAGUUGAGUAUAGGGGGGUUCUAGUGGCAUCCCAUGUUCGUAAUAGUAGGUCUGUGGAAGGUAGUAGGUCCGGGUUAGGGGGCCUCAGAUGUGGGGGUAUCCAGAAUAGGUAUUUCAGUCCCCUACGCGUAGUGCAGCUUUUUUUUUAAGCGCAAUGCUACGCAUAGAGACUUCAGACACCAUGACCACUUAAAAUUUCUGAAGUGGUCAUGAUGCUUGAAGUUACGCUUUAAAUACAUGUUUUUUUAGGAUGAAUUUAAAAUAACUUUGAAAUUAUGCCAUUCAUUUAAAUUAUACAAUAUGCUGUUUUAUAAAUCAAGCAUUCAGAAAGAAUAUAAAUGUUUUUAGGCUGAUCGCUUCAGCCAUUAAUCAAGUUGCCCAACAAGCAAUUGUCGGUCUAUUUAUAUAUCUGUCAUCUUUAUAUGUAUGUAAAUACGUACAAAAUUUUUUAGAGAGCUGGAAAAAAUUUCCUUCAAGGUAGACUUGUUAAAUAGAACUUAAAUAGAAUAAUGUGUUUGUAUAAUUCAAUCAAUUUAGUCAUUUACUCAAACAUAAUUACAUCUAUUUUAUAAUUGACGCUCAAGUAUUGAAGCUGCUGUCUAAUGGAGUUAGUAGAAUGGAUGUUAGUUUUAUUCACAUUUAAUCAGAAUCAGAAGGCUGGUGGCAAACAUGACAUUUGUUUAGAUAUCCUAUCUGCAUUUUACAAGAGAACGCAUGUAAACAACCCAUGCUCCCAGUGUUCAAAGGCGGGGAAACCUAGCCUGUACCAGUCAGUGUAUAUUUCUUUUCCCAAAAUAACUGUAGAUGAUAUUAAAGGGUUUCUCUAACUCUUUUUCAUUUAAAACAUUAUUCUAGCAGUCCACGCCUACAAAAAUGCUCAAAGAACCUUUUUUAAAAUAUGUACCUUAAUCUAGUGCCGGGCUGCCAAUAUAAUGUGUCCGGGGGCAACUUGCCCCCGGUACACAAUUAAAAAUAUCUCUGGAUUUGCAAGUUGAAACACUGUACAUCCUGAAUCCUACAACAGAAACAUAGAAUGUGACGGCAGAUAAGAAGCAUUCGGCCCAUCUAGUCUGCCCAAUUUUCUAAAUACUUUCAUUAGUCCCUGGCCUUAUCUUAUAGUUAGGAUAGCCUUAUGCCUAUCCCACGCAUGCUUAAACUCCUUUACUGUGUUAACCUCUACCACUUCAGCUGGAAGGCUAUUCCAUGCAUCCACUACCCUCUCAGUAAAGUAAUACUUCCUGAUAUUAUUUUUAAACAUUUGCCCCUCUAAUUUAAGACUAUGUCCUCCAUGACCACUUCAAAACGCAGAAGUGGUCCUGGUGGUUGAAGUAACCCUUUAACUUCAAAUGAACACAAAACGUUUCUUAGUUUUACCCAUCGCAGAAAGAAAUGAAUCCGCAAUGGCUGCAUCUUUGCAAAAAGAACUGAGAAUGGCUGGACCCUUAUUUCUUUGAAGGAAAAACUUUACUAAAAGUUGGAGAACGAAGAGGGUAGGUUUUGAAAACAUUUAAUGCUGGAUUCCAUUAACAGAGAUAUACUCAACUCUGCUAACAGAAAAUAAGUCUUUACAUUGACAUCUACAGGGAAAAUGCUAUUUAAUUACAAGAGAUAAGCUUAUCCCAUCUAAUGGAAUCUAGACGGAUUAUUUGGGGUAUACUAGCUAGUACGAAUAGUGUACUGAUGACGUUCUUUAUACAAUCUCUCGUUAUUUCUGCUUCUAUGCUAACAUAAUAGACCCUGUCUGAAAUUUUGGAAUAUAACCAGUGGAGGAAUUAAUUUUGUUGCUUAAGGUACAAUAUAUGCAUACUCUAAUGCUAUAUCCUCCUGAACUAUUAGAUACCUGAAUUGCAGCUAUAGCACUUGCUUUAGCUAUUGUCAGGAUUAGCCUACUCUAAUACGCAAACCUAAAGGACACAGGACAGAACCACGUUACGGACCUUAAAGUGGCCGGGCCUGUGCCUAAGAAACAGAAUACACAGAGUAAACCAGAAACAGUGGUACACAGAAGCAAGAACCAAAUCAAGGUCAGGAUUAUAGAAAGCAAGAAUAGUCAGACAACCUGAGUUCAAUUAACAGUAAAGCACUAGACAAUAACUCACUCUCGGGCGUAGAAAAACCACAACAAGACAAGGAAACAAGGACAACCGGGAAGUAUAUAUAUCCUGUACUGGGUUGUGAUUGGUUGCAAAAGGCUGUGAUGUCAUAAAAUUGUAAACAUCAUCAAAAAGCGCCACUGUCAACAUAACAGGAGGGAAAUAGAAUCGUUCGGUGUCAUAAAUUACAUCAUAACGAGACACCAAGAAGCUAGGAAUGAGUGGGGAAUGCCUUGUGUGCAUUAAAUGAAGUUACAUCACUGCGUAAAUAGCAGAGUGACAGCUGUCUACUGACUCCUGUUUCAUAUGGUACAUAAUUCCCUCUCUUCCCUCUGACCUUCUAACCGGCCCUAUUCAUUUUGCGGUUCCUAAUAUCUGGGUGGCAUUUGGUUACUUUAAUGUAUAUUACUUUGUAUCCAUGGCUCCAAAUGCCGAAUGAUCAUAUCGCUCACUGUAUUUGGUUCUCUAUCUUGACCAGUCAUGAUUUGCAACUUCUUUAUAAUACCUGUGUUUCCUAUUUUGAAAAAAAAAAGAAAACACAAUAAAUUUCGAUUUCCCCCCCAAAAAAAAACAUAAUAUCGGUAUUUUUUAUCCUUUCAAUGUUUUUGUAAAGGCAGAAUAAAUAAUAACUCAAACAUUUUUAGAUUCUUUUUUUUUUACUUUUAAUAAUUUUAUUGAUUUAUGUAUCUCUAAUCAGCAGUCUAUACACAACAUUUCUGUUUUAUCCUAUGUUUAUGUUUAUGUGCCGCAUUUCCUUCGGAGGUUUGACAUAAAUCUUGCUGUUAGAUUUUUUAAACCAAAAAUGAUUUAUAGUGAAGGUGUUGAUGAGAGUCUGGGAGUCAUCCCCUUUAGUGUAGUGGUUGAAACAAAACUCCCGAUAGCCUUGUUAUUUAAUUCCAGAUAUAAGCAGAAUGCUGUCUACUAAUAACUGACCUCAGAGCAUCUACUUAACCCAGUGACCUGAUUAACUUCUAAUCUGUCUCUACUCUAGGAGCUGUCCGAGCAUCCAGCAUCUUCCCUAUACUCAGCGUUGGUCUCCUGUUUUUCGGUGGUCUAUGUGUUGCUGCCAGCGAGUUUUACAAGAAUAAGCACAAUGUUAUACUCAGCGCGGGUAUCUUCUUUGUAUCAGCAGGUCAGUGUCCUUCAUCCGGACCAAGGUCACAAUAAAGGUUCUCCCCCUCUGAGACCCAGUUUGUCAUGACUUUAAAAAAAUAAAUUGUAAUAAGUAAACAUUGUGCAUGCAUCAGAAUGAUUUGUGGUCUUAGUGGCGCUAUAGGCAAGAGCGUUUCUAUUUUACAGGUAAUCAAUGCAGAAAUAUUGACUUUUAAAUAUAAAUAUAUAAUAAAAAGUGCUCUUAAGUGCUUUUUUUGACAAUCUAAUUCAUUGCUACAAAAUGUUACCCAAAAAAAUCUAGAGACAGUUUAGUAACUAAGCCUGAUAAGGACCAGUUACGUGAUAAAAUAUUACUAAAACAGAUAAUUUAAAGUAGCAAUAAUAAAAUGAGCAUUAAUAAAAAGAGUUAUAAGAAUGGUAUGGGAUUAAAUAUAUUGAGAUCAUAUAAUUCUUAUAGAUUUUUUGGGGGGGAUAAAAUCACAGUUUGUAUUUAGAGCACAGAAUGUAAAGUUCGGCAUACCUCCCAAGUGUCUCUGUUUAGGAGGGACAGUCCCUGUCUGGGCCCAAACCUCUCUGUCACUCUUUUUGAUUCUAAUGACCCUCUUUUCUAGGAGCUCCAUAAUAAUGGUGUGUUAACAUAACCUAAAAUUAUAAACAACAUAAUUUAUUAAUAUUGAUAACAGUAGAAAAACAUUUGUACUCUACACCCCAAAUCUCCAAUAUGAACAUACUUAAAGAAACAUGCAUGCAAAGGAAUAUUUAGACUAUACAAGUGACCAUACAGACAGGUCAUAUCUUUACAAGGUGGAUCAAUAUUCCUUGUUGUUAACCUAGCAAUCUCUUAGUAUCGAUCUUGCGAUAGUAUGAUUAAUAAUGAUAACUGGAGCAUGGUUUUAGUUUGAACACAAUAAUGAUUUCUCAUUUCGGGAGCAUUACUGACAGAAAAAGUUUGUAAGAGUUUUUGGAGUGUGCUCGCAAUAACAGCACGCACUCAAUUCCGUACGAAGAAAAGUCAUCAGUCGAAUACUAGAAAUGGUUUGUGAUCAAGGCCUUGGCUACAAAUAUAUAUUUUAAAAUCAUGGUAUUUAUGGCUUCCCGUAACAUGUAGUUAAAUCUAUUAGUAAUGGUAGUUUAAUUACUUUCUUUUCUUAUAGGAUUGAGCAACAUCAUUGGAAUCAUUGUCUACAUCUCGGCUAAUGCCGGCGACCCAGGGCAGAGUGAUUCCAAAAAAAGCAACUAUUCCUAUGGCUGGUCCUUUUAUUUUGGGGCUUUGUCUUUCAUUAUUGCGGAGAUGGUGGGCGUUCUAGCUGUGCACAUGUUUAUCGAGAAGCACAGGCAAAUAAGAGCCAAAUCUCACUCUGACCUCUUCAAAAAAUCUGCUUUCUCCCGCAUUCCCAGCUAUCGGUACCGCUUUCGAAGGCGUUCCAGCUCACGCUCCACUGAGCCAAGAUCCAGAGAACCUUCUCCAGUUGGUAAGAGCUUCCACACUAUUCCUACUAGUGAUAUCUCCUUGUAUACAUUAACUGCACGCGACCCUACCAAGGUGACUGUGGGCUCCCUGCUAAAUUCUGAAAGGGAACACAAUUUUCUUCAAGUUCACAACUCUAUCCCGAAGGACUAUAAAGAAUCUUUGCACAAUAAUCCUUCCAACAGGCGCACUACACCUGUCUGAAUCCUUCUUACAGAAGACAGAAGAACACAUUUAAACUGCUAGAACCUGGUGGGGAACCCAAAAGCCACCAUGGAAGAUGGGGGAUGCUGCUUCCCUUGCAGUACCUCCAGGAAAACAUUAAGGAGCAUCAGGAAGAUAUUCACCUAACACCCUACCAUCAGAUGCAACAAAUGCUGGAAAUCGAGAUCUGUGUGACUACCUGUCAUGUAUUGUAUUAGUAUUGAAAGAUUAGGCCUUUAGAGAUGCAGAUGGAUAAACAGUUGCCUGUGAUUCAGGGAGGAAAAGGAAAGACAUUACCAAUCUAUCGGCUUGUCAUGAAUGCCCAGAGAUGAUAAAGCUCCUAUGAGUGUACAGAGAACGUGGGAUCCUUUUUAUUUUUUCCUUCGGUGGAAAACGGUUUUGCAUAUUCAUUCAGAAGAGAAUCCCACAAUGAGCAUUAGAGAAAAUUACUAUCUAAUCUCUUCGAUUUGUGUUGGUUCCUAAUCAGGCUACAGCCAGGCGCUCAUAACAUUCUGCAAUGGAAAAUAGGACUACAGGAAUAGGAUUAUAUCCUAAUAAUUGUAUUUCAGAUAACCCACCCGUAAUCAUACCACAAUCCAGAAUAACAGGCAUUUUAAAGCUUGACAUUUAAAGGAAUACAAUCACAGGAAAAACAACAAAAAAAACAUUUGUCUAUUUUUUUUUCAUCCACAUUCCGGAAUCCUACAUAAGUUUUCUAAGUCACUACUUAUGUUGAGUUUUUCCCCAAAUAAGGUGCUUUGUAAUUGACAGUAGAGAUUAAGUGCUUGGAGACAUUACCACGUCAGGAAAGUGAGCCUCUGGGUAGCGACACCCCUGUUAAGUGGAAACGUAGCCUCUGUUAACAGCCGCUACAGUAUCUCCAAUACCCUAUUUACUACUUCCUCAAGAGGGAACGUUCGUCAUAAGACUUUAGAAGCACAUAACCAAUGAGAUGCUGCACCGUGAUCAUGUGACAGGUUACUUGAAGAGGGAGUGGAUGUAAAGGCCUCAGGCAUGCCUUGCCAAAAAAAAAAAUGAAUUAGUUAUUAUGUGGGAAGAGCAACCAUUUGUGGGUGGGGGUAAUAAACGGUUCUGUGAAAAUGGCUGAAUACUUUGUUCAGAACUAGGAAAAAAAAUGUAUUGUACUAAAAAGACAUUGAAACUGCAUUAACGUAGGUAAACUUUUAAUUCCUAACUAAUAAAACAAUAUUUAACUUUUAUUUCCUUAAUGCACAUGCUGGUUUAUAAUGGUGAUUAGGGAUCGAUUUAAUAAUUUUGAAAAUUAAGGGAAAUCAUUUUCUCAGAGGUUACAGUAAAGACAUAUGUAGUGGCUGAAUGAGUUGUCUUCUGUUGUUGCACUAGGGCAGGGUCCUCAAACUCUGGCCCCGCAGAUGUUGCUGAACUACAACUCCCAUGAUAUUCUGGCUAUCUAUGCAAGUCAAAGAAUCAUGGGAGUUGUAGUUCAG